AUGUGUUCCUGUCUCCGGAAAGGGUCACAAAAAUCAGAGACAAGGUCUCGAGACUGCCUCCGCAAGAGAAGUCAUGAGUCUCCAGGGUUCUUUGACAUCGACUAUAGAGUUGGUAAAAUGGGCCCAGUGGAAGUUUUGUCCGGUCCAGAAUUGCUUCCUUCUCCAGUUCGACAGAGUGGGAGCAGAUUGGGAGCAAAGGGUCUCUCUGCCCCUGUCUGUGAGGAAAGGGUUGAACUGGUGGAAGAACAAAAAGAAUUUGGCAGCAGGCUUCCCGUUGGAGGAACCUCCUUGGAUGGUUAUUACAACGGAUGCCAGUUCUUUUGGAUGGGGUGCCCACUUCAAUUCCACAUGGACUCAAGGGAAGUGGACCUGAGAAGAGAGUCAGCUACACUCAAAUCUAAGAGAACUGAGAGCUGUUUUCAAGGCCAUUUUGGUAUUCCUACCAAGGAUCUUAAAUUCUUAGGUACUGAUCAAAACGGACAACCGAGCGGUUGCUUCAUAUGUGAACAACCAAGGAGGCACAAGAAGCAGAUUGCUCUUGAAGGAACUAGCUCCCUUGAUGACAAUCGCCAUGACCAAUCUCCAGGGUCUGAUGGCGAUCUAUCUUCCAGGUUUGGAGAACGUGACUGCAGACUUCCUCAGCAGAAAGGAAAUUCUUCCAGGAGAGUGGAAACUUUACCCGACAGUCUUUGCUUGGAUUGCCCAUUGGUGGGGCAUGCCCCAGAUCGACCUGAUGGCAUCCUCCCUGAAUCAUCAGGUGGAGAAUUACUUCUCCCUCCACCUGGACGGUCAGGCACUGGGCCAGGAUGCUCUCUCUCUUCCUUGGUUAUUCAAUCUGGGGUAUGUAUUCCCUCCCCUACCCAUGAUACCCAGGUUCCUGCGGAAGGUGUGGUCGGAAGGAAAGAAGGUUAUUGCCAUAAUCUAUGAUGAGCCAGGAACAGCCUUGGCCUCUUCCCUUUAUGGAGGAUCUGCUAACGCAGGGUCCAAUAUUCCAUCCUCAUCCGGAACGCCUCAAAUUGGAGGUAUGGGUCUUGAAAAUGAAAGACUUCAACAAUUAGGGCUCUCAGAAGCUGUGGUUAAGACCCUUUUGCAUUCAAGGAAAGCUUCCACUUCCUCAUGCUACCAUAGGAUCUGGGAUGUGUUCAGGGAAUGGGCUUCGGCAUCCUCACAAUACUGAGAUCUUGGAGUUCCUGCAAGAAGGUCUGGAUAAGGGCCUUAGCCUCAGCACUCUUAAAGUUCAGUCUUUGGCUCUUUCAGCUUUGUGCAACAUCUCAUGGACUUCGGAUCCUUUGAUCUACAGGUUCUUCAAGGCAGCUUUCAGGUUGAGACCUCCUUCCAGAUCUACUACCCCUCCUUGGGACCUUCCACUGGUUCUCAAUUACCUAACUGAGAAUCUGUUCGUUCCUCUUGAGAGUUUGGAUGCUACCCUCCUGACGUAUAAAACUUUGUUUUUGGUGGCAAUUACUUCCGCAAGAAGAAUUUUGGAGAUUAAAGCAUUUUCUACCUUAUCUUCUUGUCUCCAGUUCCAUCAUGAUAGGGUGUGUCUGAAACCAAAACCUGAGUUUCUUCCUAAGGUGGUCUCUCAGUUUCAUCUCUCUCAAGAAGUGGUCCUUCCAUCGUUCUACCCCAAUCCUUCUUCGCAAGAGGAGGUUAGAUGGCAACAUUUGGAUGUCAUGAACCUUAAGUGUUCUGAGUCUUACAGAAAAACUGAGCAACUCUUCGUUUUACCUUUGGGAGCCAGGAGAGGUGAGGCGGCCUCUUUAUCUACAUUAAAACGUUGGAUUUCGCUAGUGAUCAGGAAAGCAUAUAUCUCUAAAGGUCGAUCUCCUCCAAUGAAGAUAAGAACUCAUUCUACUAGAGCAUUGUCGACUUCAUGGGCUAAUUGGUCAGAGAUUCCAUAUGAUGAUAUUUGUAGGGCAGUCACCUGGUCUUCCCCGAUGACGUUCAUAAAACACUACAAACUGGAUGUGGACGUUCCUUCCACCUCCUUUGGGAAGUGUGUCCUAUCUACGGUUUCUUUAUCCCGUUGAUAUUAAAAUUUCUUUGCAGCAUAAGAGUCUGUUUAGUGUCUUUUUUCGAUUUAGUAUUCCCACCCUAUAAUUCUGUGAGCUUGGAUAUUACCCAUAAGUGAUGUUGCCGUGAUUAGCCAGGAAUAGAGAAAAUUUAUAACAAACCGUAAUUUUCGUUUCCUGGCUAUUUCUCAUGGCAGCAUCAGGGUUCCUGCCCAUUCUUUUAUUUUUCAGCUUUAUAAUUAGACUGAGGUGUAAGGGGAGGAGGGACUCUUUAUACCCAGCAGUCUAAUUAAUUAAUCUAAUUAAGUCCUGUCCUGUGACUGCUAAAGGAGGAGCUACCCAUAAGUGAUGCUGCCAUGAGAAAUAGCCAGGAAAAGAAAAUUACGGUAAGUUUGUUAUAAAUUUUCUCUAUUUCUUGCUUAUUAUUAGUUUGCAAACCAGCACUUUGCAGAGCUCAGUUAGUUUGUGGCCAUCUUGGUUGCCAGCCAGUCAGACAAUGACCCCCAGAAUCCUUAUUCAUAUUGUGUUUUAAGGUUUUAAAUCAAUGGUUUAUAUUUUUUAAAUGACUAAUAAAAGUUAUGUUUUAGUGCUACAUAUAUAUUACAGUUCUGGGAAAUAUUGUUAUUCCUCUUUUUUAGAUAAUCUCUUCCAGGGGUUACUCCCUCCUUUUUCCCUUAAAACAUUUGACUACUAGCUUAUCCUUUUUUGCUUCUAGGAACAACAAAUCCGAUCCAUGGCGGCCCAACCUCGCAACUUGCAGGAUUUUAUGGUCUGUUGCUACUGUCUUGGUGCAAGAUACCACAGGACACGUUCAGAGGUCAUGUGGAUUCCAUGUCUCGAUUCACCAGAGCUGUUUUGGCAGCACGAGGGGAACCUACACAAUAUUAGACAGGUGAUUUUAAUGUUUUAAUUGUGGCUGAUCUGUGUAUUGUUUAUGAAAUACUCAUCAAGCUUGAGUUGAAAUUUCAAUGAUGUUCCAAUGCAAUCCAAAGAUACUAUAAGACAAAGUAGUUUGUCUUGUAGUAAAGCCUGAGGUUGACACCAGACCAGCACAGAAUCUGUCACUUUCAGGUGUUCUUAUGAAAUAAAGUGAUAGAUCUGCUUUAAUUCAUACACAUCCCAUGUCUCUAGAAGAUCUUGAACUUUGAUUAGAGUUGACCUGUGGCAACUUUAAAGGACCACUAUAGGCACCCAGACCACUUCAACUUAAUGCUAGGAUUAACCUUUUUUUCUGUAAACAUAGCAGUUUCAGAAAAACUGCUAUCUUUACCUAUGGGUUAAUCCAGCCUCUAGUGGCUGUCUCAUUGACAGCCGCUAGAGGGCUUCUGCGCUUCUCACUGUGAUUUUCACAGUGAGAAGACGCCAGCGUCCAUAGGAAAGCAUUGAUAAUGCUUUCGUAUGGACUGGCUGAAUGCGCGCGCCGCUCUUGCCGUGCAUGCGCAUUCAGCCGGUGACGGAAAAAGAGGGAGGAGAGGAGGAGGAGAGCUCCCCGCCCAGCGCUGGAGAAAGAGGUAAGUUUAACCCCUUCCACCUCUUAGAGCCCGGCGGGAGGGGAACCCUGAGGGUGGGGGCACCAUCAGGGCACUAUAGUGCCAGGAAAACGAGUAUGUUUUCCUGGCACUAUAGUGGUCCUUUAAUUAAGUGGACAUAAUUUGGAAAAGCACAAAUGUGUCUAUACAAGGUCUCUGCUGCCCACUAUUUUUGACAGUUGAGAAGGCAAGCCAUGGCUUUACUGGUAAAAGACUACUUUGUCUUAAGUAUAUUCACCUGACAAGACUUGACAAAAAGUAAAGUUAUCGCCUUCAAGUUUUGUAAUUUCACCUAGCCAUCACUAGUGAUGGCUGUGGGGAAAACGGCAUUGUCUACAAAGAAAACAGACAGAGAAGGGCCACAUAAAAUUAAAUUAAAUUAAAACAAAAGUACUGUGAGUCUUGUUCCAGAUGUGCAAAUGGUCACAUAUAAAAGUGUCUCUUAUUCAAGAAGUAGAUUCAACUGUGGUUCCUAGGUUCUUUAUGCUUGGGGGAUGUGGAAGGUCUGGGUGUCUUUAGUCUCCAUAUGUGGAUAAAAGAGAGACAAAAUAACCUAAUAGUGCAAUAUGUCAAGAUCUUAAUAGGCCUUGAAUAGGUUAUAGUGAGAUUGCACUCACAUGUAAGGGAGCGCUGACCAGCUCCAGUGUGUAUCGCCUAUAGUGGUAAAAUCCCCACUUUGGGAUAUGGUGAAGGUUGUUCACAGCAGGUGGUUGUCUAAGUACUCGGAGAGGGAAUAAAAUAGCCAUAAAUAGUACUCUCAAUAAGACAAUAAGAACUGUAUAAAAUAUAAUUAAAAUAGUACUCACAAGUAUAGAGCAGGCUCACUGCUCUAUGAUGAUAGCGUUGGUGGUAUGAUCCCCACGUGGGAUUUUUUUGGGGAAAAAUUCCAACUGGAGCUCUUUGCAGUACAAAGCUUUGCACCCCUCCCUGUCAUAGGUGCCUCAUCCCAGGGCCAUAUUUAGCCUUGUACUGCAGAGAGCUCCAGUUGAAUUUUUUUCCCCAAAAAAAUCCCAGUACCACCCAUGUACAGGUUUUAUGGUGUUUUCAAAAGUUACUAAUUCAAAUAUAAGUUGAGUUGAGUUUACUUUUUUUCACAUUGAAAUCUGCCCGAUUGGUUAUGUUGCUUUUGAGACCGUAUGGUAGCCCAGGAAUGAGCAUUACCCCCAUGAUGCCAUGCCAUUUGCAAAAGUAGACAACCCAAGGUAUUGCAAAUGGGGUAUGUCCAGACUUUUUUAGUAGCCACUUAGUCACAAACACUGGCCAAAAUAAGAGUUCAAUUUCGUUUUUUGCAUUUUUCACACACAAACAAAUAUGAAUGCAAAAUUUUGCCAGUGUUUCCUGGAUACUAAUCAAUGGCAGCAUCACGAUAGGGUUAGCUCCUCCCCCUUGGCUGUUUAGGACAGGAAAUACUUACAAAUAGGCCCUCCUUUCCUGGCAUCCUCUGUCUUUUUUCCUGUCCUCUUGGCUGUGGACAUGAUUUCAGGUAAUUUACCUUACCUUUAUUUUUUUUUUUAUAUUCUUUAUUUUAUUCGUGCAAAUAAUUAACAGGCACGUUUGCUCUGCCACAAUAGCUGAAGCAAAUCAGAUGGUACACAGAAAGAAACAACACUAUGGCAUUGAAAACAUUGCACCUUUUUUGGUUAAGUGAACAAGAUAAACAUAUAUUGCUUGACAUUGUAAUCUGCACGGUUAUUGCUUGGAUCAGUUGGUAAUUAAUCAUGCAUGGCAGACAUCAUUAAAUAACACAGCCUUUCUAUCGACUUUGUUGUCGUCUCUUAACUUAAGUGAAGGUACCGUAUUAGGCAACUAAAAAGAUAACAUUCUUAAAGAUUAACACUAUAUGUGUGCUAUAAGUAUGGCUGACAACAUGGCAACUCUUAUGUUUUAAUGUCGCUAAACAAGCCACCUAUAUAUAUAAAAAGGUGAGAUGAGAUGUCCCAGUGAUAAGGUGAUAAUCUGCGAGAUAUGAAUUAAAUAACAAAAAAAAAGGGGAAAAAAUGAUUCUCAUGUGUGUAGUGCUCACUAGUUAGGUAGCCAAUUAGCCGCAAGGACACAGGGCAGUUAUGAUGGUACGGUAUGUCAUUGUGACAAGGUGGUGUCCAUUGUAAACAUUGGGGACUCAGAGGCUAGGUGCUCAGCCCUCCGUUUUCAGGGUGUCUCCGGCUCAGCCAAUCCCCCGGUUCGGGAAGCUCCCAGGACUCCUGGUGGGGCAAGCGGUACCUCUCUUUUCUUCUCUGUGGGGUUUUGAUGCUUGGUGAGUGUCCCAUUUGUUAGAGUGGUCGUUCGGGUCGCUCCUUGCGACCUUUGCUUGUUCUGGAGGGCCAUAGGCAGGUCUGUAAUGAGAGCUCUUGUAUUGGCCGUGUCCAGCUUCCCUCUACCGCUUCUCCGUUGUCCUCAGCUUUGAGUAACGUCGCUUUGUGGGUGGCCAUGUGGCCGUGCCUUGCCCAGCGUGUACCUGGGUUUUGGAGCCCUCUGUGUGUUUGGGAGGCGAAGCGGGUGUACCUCUUUAUGGAUCCCGUGCUCAGAGUGGAUCUGACGUGCAGCCUCUGCUGCAUGCCCCUGCUUUCAUGUGGGGUUUGGGAGGAAAGUUUGCGCUGUAGUCGCGUCCAGAAGGCCCUGCAGAGUUGGUCAAACCAGGCUUCGAAGCGCUGCCUCCAUUGCUGGAGCCCUGGGUCAUCUGUAGCGUGUUCAGGACAUAGCUUGGCGGCCAUCUUAGAUUCCUCAUGCAAUUUGCGCCGGACUGCAGUUCCCCCUGUGGUAGGUAAAUCCAAGUCUCCAGCAGGGACCGGGAUAUCCCCCGCCGGUCCAUGGUGGGGUAGCAAGGGAACAGAAGAGCUGCAAUGCGGUGCUUACCCAGCGUCGGGAGAUCGGCCACCCCUCCCGGCAAUCAGGCUGUCCAUGCUAGGCCUUAGAUGCGGAUCCCGGCAAACCGUCUUGGAUUGCUUUGUGUGUGGGAUUAAACUGUUCAGUUUAACUUCGUUUACCCAUUGGUAGCUCAUUUGAUCGCGUUUCUGGGCUUAUUUGUGUCGUUUCGUCGAGUGAAAGUUUGUGCAGAGCAGGAGCUGUGCUUGUGUGCAUCUGCUCAGCUCUGCGUUCAGGCCCCGCCCAACAUUACCUUUAUUUUAUUUUAAGUUUACCUCUUUAAUUCCCAGGAAAGUUCAGCCUCUCUUUCCUAGAAGAAAUGGAAAUUUCAAAUGUUAUUAAACAAAAAAAUGUACAUGGCAGAUAUUCUUAAUAUUAGAAGAAUUCCACAAUAAUUAUCUUAUAGCGGUAAUAUAAGGGGUAUUAUGUGAUGGAAAUUGUACCACAGUGAUCCUAUGGGUAGCAGUUUUCUCAAGUGGUCUCACGUAUAAGAGAUUUGAUCAGUGAUCCUAAUGGUAGCGGUAAGUGGAGUAUACACUUUAUAACUAUAAGUCCGCAGUGAUCCUAAUGGUAGCGGUCAUUAUGUGUGACUCAUGCUUUUCCUUUCAUGGAUUUAUAGCCGCAGUGAUCCUUAUGGUAGCGGUGCAUGUAGUAAACACACAUUGAAUAUAUAUAUAUGUAAUUUGCAGUGAUCCUAAGGAAAGCGGUAUAAUGGGUAAACAUUCCUGCAAAAUAUUUACCUGCAUCCUUUAUCAUUUUUUGCUGAUAAAGGAUUAAUAUUGGGAGACCUCCUUAUGGGCUUUUUGCCUGUGUUCUUAGUGUUUAUUCGUUUGGAAGCUGCUUUUGGCAGUUUCCCGCCUUUUAGCCAGCUUUUAGCCAGCUAAAAGGCAUUCUCAUUAUAGGCUCUGUUUGCGUUCGUUUGUUUUUUUGCGUUUGUAUGAAUUUUUCAUUCAAAUGAAUUUUCCUGUCUUCAUAUACAUGGUUAUCGUUUGGUAAAUAAACGGUAUGUUCGGUUUUUUGUAUAUUGAAGGUUUUGCAUUCCCUUACAAUUUCGGUGCAAAUUUCGGCUGUUUGGGCAUGCGCAUUUAAGGUAGAUCAGUGUAUUGCUCAUUCGGCUGUUGCUAUUAAAGAGACAGUGUGUUCUUUUUCUCUCUCCUUGGAUGUAAGCUUUAAUUCUUUAGGAAUACUUUCUUUUGCGUUUAUUCUGGUUAGUGCAGGUAAGAAAGAUUAUUUUUAUCUUUAGCAUUUAGGUUUACUCUUUUUAAAAGAGUAUUUUUCAUUCUUUAAUUUUUGUGUAUUCCUUCAUAUAGCUGCCCUCAUGUCAGCGUCUAGGUCUUCAAGAGGUUCUCCGUCUAGGCACUCAAGCUAAACCUCAUUCUUUUUAUUUAUUGGAUUAAAAGAGUGCAUUUAAAAGGUUCAGAAUGGAGUCCUUGCCUUCCAUAAUAGCAGUAAUUCAGCCAGGAGAUUGGAUGAUCUCAAUAGACCUGAAGGACGCCUAUUUCCACAUUCCAAUAGCAGAUCAUUAUCAAAGGUAUUUGAGGUUCGCAAUUUUGGGAGAACAUUUCCAGUUCAGAGUAAUUCCUUUUGGCCUAAGUACAGCUCCAAGGACAUUUUCAAAGGUCCUUCUGGCUCUGAUAGCUAUGAUGAGACUUCAGGGUCUUCAAAUCUAUCAUUACCUGGAUGAUAUUUUAUUGGUAAAAAGAUCAAGGGCAAAGCUCCUGACUCAAAGAGACCAGGCUAUAAGAACUUUGGAAAGGUUUGGUUGGGUUAUCAAUUACCAGAAGAGUCAUCUGGACCCCUCCCAGAGUUUAUGCUUCCUGGGAGCAUGGUUUGACACAAAGUUAGCCAUGGUUUUCCUUUCAAAGGAAAGAAGAGUUCGUGUCAUGUCAAAGACACAAAGGGUAAUGGACUCAGAAUGGGUCACGGCCGAAGAGUAUAUGAGCUGUUGGGAAACCUUUCAUCAACAAUCAAUCUAGUAAAAUGGGCUCAGUGGCACCUAUGUUAUCCUCAGAGGUAUUCAAUCAAGACAGGGACACGUGGUCCAAAAGGAUAGUCAUUUCGGCAUUCUCCAGAAGGCCUUGGACUGGUGGAGAGAUCCUGAUCACCUCUGCAGAGGAUUUCCUCUAGAAGAAAUAGAUCGGCUGAACCAGACUACAGAUGCCAGUGGUUCAGGUUGGGGCGCUCAUCUCCUUCAAUGGAAUGCCCAGGGCAGAUGAGUGAAGAGAGCCUCCCACAUUCCAGCCAACCUUCUGGAACUAAGAGCAGUCUUCCUAACCCUGACACAUUUCUAGGAUGUAUUAAUGGGAAGAUGGGUGAGGAUUCACUUGGACGAUCGUACCGCAGUGUCCUACAUAAACAAGCAAUGCUGUACCAGGAGCAAGAAUCUUCUUCUGGAACUGGAACCCAUUAUGUUGUGGGCUCAAGAGAAGGUAUUGGGUCUGUCGGCAGUCUAUAUUCCAGGACCAGAAAAUUCCAGAGCAGACUUCCUCAGCAGGAAUUAUCUGGAUCCCAAGGAAUGGCAAUUAAAUCCCAAGAUAUUCCAUCAACUGGUCUUGAAGUGGGGAUGACCAGAAGUAGAUCUAAUGGCUUCAGCGAAGAAUGCUCAACUUCCAAAAUUAUUUUCAAGAUCCUUUCAUCCCAGAGCUCUGAACACAGAUGCCCUAUCUAGCUCCUGGGAGUUCAUGAUGGCACAUGUGUUUCCCCCGUUUCCUCUUAUAUGGAAAACAUUGAAAAGAAUCAAGAGUAAUAGCGAUCAUUCCAUUUUGGCCUCGCAGACCAUGGUUCCCCCUCCUCAAGUCUCUUGUGAUCUCCAAGCUGUGGAAAUUACCGGACAUUCUGGAUCUCCUCAUUCAGGGACCAGCAGUGCACCCGUUGCCAAGGACUCUACAUUUGAUGGCAUGGAAACUGAGAGGAGGUGUUUAGCAGACAAAGGCUUUAGGUCAGCAGUAAUUGACACUCUCUUGAAGUCUGAAGACAUUCUACCUCUUUUUUAUUACCGCAUUUGGACAAUAUUUGCAGAUUGGGCUAAAAUCAUUAAAGUCUCUUGUUUGUCUCCCACAGUCUCUAACGGUUUGGAAUUUCUGCAGACAGGUCUGGAUAAGGGUCUAAGCCUCAGUUCUCUCCGUGUUCAGAUUUCUGCUUUAUCGGCCCUUACUGGCUACACGUGGGCUCUGGGCAACAUGGUGAUCCGUUUUCUAACUGCAGUGAAAAAGUCAAGACCUUCUAUCAGAUCUUUAACGCCACACGAGAUCUUCUGUUAGUUCUAAGGGCUUUGUCUCUCCCUCCAUUCGAACCUCUUUCAGAUGCCUCGGAUAGGUUGCUUACUUUAAGGUUCUUCUUCUUGUGGCUAUUACAUCCGGGAGAAGGGUAUCUGAAAUUCAGGCCUUAUCUACGGAAGAAUCCUACAUGAAGUUCUAUCCGGAUGGAGUGGUACUAAGAACAAAUCCGGAAUUCCGGUCCAAUGUCGGAGUUUCAUUUCAAUGAAGAGAUUCUCCCUCCAUCAUUUUUUCAGUUUCCUUCUACAUCAGAGGAAGAGAGGUGGCACACUCUAGAUGUCUCCAGAUGCAUUUCUAUUUAUCUGGACAAAACUGCAAGUUGGAGGAAAUCUCCUACUCUUUUUCUAAACUUUGUGGGAUUCAGAAGGGGAUUGGCUGCAUCAAAAGCCACUUUGAGCCGAUGGAUUGUUUCAGCUAUUUCUUCUGCAUAUCAGUAUCAGGAAUCUCAAGUUCUUGAGGGAUUAAAGGCGCAUUUUACUAGAUCUCUCUCUACUUCACGGGCAGCUGUUACUAACACUCCUAUAGAAAGUAUUUGUAGAGCGGCCACUUGGGCUUCAGCUAAUACUUUUAUUAAACAUUUUGCUCUGGAUGUGAGAUCCAAAGCAACCACUAAGUUUGGAAGAAAUGUUCUUUCCUCGGUCUCUUGACUCUGAAUAAACAAAUACUUAUUUGAGCAUGAAUACCUUGUCUUAGUUUUAUUUGGCCCUCCCAUAAAAUUAGCUUGGGUAUUACUCUAUCAUGAUUCUGCCAUGGAUUAGUAUCCAGGAAUUCUGAAAAUGUCCUCAUACUUACCGUAAUUUUCUUUUCCUGGAUACAUCCAUGGCAGCAUCUAUUAUUUCCCUCCCCAUUUUUUUUUUCUUCGAGCGUGUUACUUGACUGAGGAUGCCAGGCAAGGAGGGCCUAUUUGUAAGUAUUUCCUGUCCUAAACAGCCAAGGGGGGGGAGCUAACCCUAUCGUGAUGCUGCCAUGGACAGAUCCAGGAAAAGAAAAUUACGGUAAGUAUGAGGAAAUUUUCCCAAUUGUGACUAGAAAAGACUGGACAUACUGUAAAGGAUUACCUGGCACCCCGACUGGGUACCUCCGUUGAAGGAUGCUCCUAGCACUUCCUGAGGACUCCAAGCACUGCAGCAGACACCACAACCACCGAACCGGAGAAGCAUUCGAAUGCUCUCAAGCAUAUGAAUGCUGUAAGCAGCUGAACAGGAAAAUAAUACAAUCAGCUUACACUCCUGGCAAUCAGCAUACAAUCCAAUUCCCCAAUAACGAGACGACACUUCGUUUUGAGGUCAAGCAGAACUGACUGUACUGGCACAUACAGCCUCUUUUAUUCACAAUCCACAAACACAGUACUGCCCACAGGGUUUUGAAAUACAACCAAUCAAUCCGUACAAUACACACAGACACUCACACACAAAAUCCUCCCCUCUGCCUGUGAUAUGAUUACUGAACACAAUGGUUAAUCUAAUUAUCACAGGCAGAGAAAUAAAGUAUCAUAAAACACAUCACAGGGACCCCAAAACAUGCAAUAACCCCUUGGAACAGGGGGAUCUGGGUGAACCACAUAUCCAAAAUUCACCCAGAUCCGUUCAGUUUCAUGCAGUUUAAUGCAGAUUCCACAGAACAUAUGCAGGCUAUAUGAAAAACAAUUACUGUAUAAUGUGUCCCCUGUUGUAUAGUCCAAAACCACUGCACGAUGUCUCUGUGCACCAAAUACUGGCGAGAUGGCACCGUGUUGAAAAGUCCAAACAGUGUCUGUGAGUUAAAAUGGCCGCCAUCCAUUGUUCUCACCUUGUUCCUCUGAUACAGGAAAUGGUGGCCACCCAGUAACUCCACAGUAUGUCCCCAGAUGGUUCUUAAAGGGCCAGCAGCAGCACAACACAAAUUCAUUAUGCCCAAAUUAUGUCUUUAAAGGGCAAUACAUCCCAGGGGCCAUAGUCACAUGGCAGGAGGCUGGCAAUCAGUCUUCUCCAAUGCCCAGUGGCGAGGUCGGUUUCGCCACACAUACCCCAUUUGUAAUACCUUGGGUUGUCUUCUUUUGCAAAUGGUAUGCCAUCAUGGAGGUAAUUUGCAUUCUUGGGCUACCAUUUGGUCUCAAAGGCAACAUAACCAAUCUGGUGAAUUUUAAUGUGUAUAAACUGAAAAAUGUAACAUGCUAUAUUUGUCCCUGUAACCAAUGGCAUACAUAUAGGGGUCGCAGCUGCGACCAGGCCCGUCACAACAGGGGGCCCGGCCACCCUGCGGAUCCCUGCGACCGGGUGCCUGGUCAGGGGAGCGGGGCUCAUGGAUCAGUUUCGCACCGGGGCCCCAUGGAUUGUGCGCAUGCCACUGCCUGGAACUUUCCAAAGCUCCAUAAAACCUGUACAUUGGGGUACUGUUUUACACGUGAGACAUCGCUGAAUACAAAUAUGUGUAUUUUAUUGCAGUAAAAGCAAACAGUAUUAUGACAUUUACAGUUAACAUGUCAUGUAGAACUAAAAAAACAUUUCUUAUUUUCUCCUAUUUUUUUUAUAUUUUAUUCAUCCUAAAUUAUGUUUCAUAGCUAAAUAUUUGAUGUUAAAAGAAAGUCCUGUUUCCCCUGAAUAAAAUUAUAUAUAAUAAAUGUGGGUGCACAUAAAAUGAAAGAGGCGUAUUACGCCUGAAAAGACCUAUAGUCAAAUUCCAGGUUUUGUUUACGUUUUAUUUUGAUCACAACGUGUACAUUUGGCUCCGUCCUUAAGGGGUUAAUGAAUAACUCUGCUCAUACUUAUUUUUUUCGGCACUAAUCUGCAAUGCAUGACAAGGGUUUCAGACAUAAAGACAGAAUAUAUUUCCAGGUCUUCAAUCAAUACUUUCAUUUCUUGAAAUUACCCAAGUUUCAUUUUCAGUUAAAGCUGCUGCCUGGAUUUUAGGUUUCAUGUGGAAUGAAAGUGCAACUUUCACCAUUGUUUCUUACCUGACAUUAGGAAGUGCAUUAAAUCCACACAUUAUUAAAUCUGCUUUAUAAAAGGCUCAUUAAUAAACAUUUGUAUCAAAACCAGUUGGUGUAUCUGUGUAUAAUAUUAAAGGUAAACGUACACUUGCCAACUUUCACAUGCAUUUAUUAAUUUAUUAUGGGGUAAGGUCAUCCUUUUUUGGGGGACGGGGUACCUAUAGUAACAAACAGGCUGUCAGGAUGGAUUGUGGUUUGACAUUGCAUGGUUUUAAACAGUUCAUGAUUUAUAUGGUUUGUGAUUUAUUUAUAAAUAGUGGUUUUUCUUGUGUUUCCUAACUCCUUUCGGUAGCUAUGGCCCUUUAUAUUUAUAUACACUUUCUUAUGUAAUUUUUGUUUUUUUAGGUCUUUGUCUUACACGUUAUAAAGCGCGUUUGGGCAGAUUGUAGUUAUAAAUAGUUGUAAGCUGGUCCCCCUUUACCUACAGUUUCAAUACAUCAAACAUGUUUUGUUAGAAUUGUUUGUCUUGUUUACCUGCUGUACAGCGCUGUGGAAUAUGUCAGUGCCAUAUAAAUAAGAUUGUGAAAGUUACAGUAAUAAUAGUGAAGAUUUUCUUGACCUUAUCAAGAAAGUUUUAUUGAAACAAUGUAGCUGUGUCUUUAUGCAUGUUAUUGAGCAUAAUAAUAUAUAAUAGCCCCCUCUCCCACAAAGCUUUGUCAGCCAGUGAAUAUGACUGUGUUGGAUUCUGCUCAGUCAGUGCCUCUAUUACUCUGUAGUUUCAGUUUCAUUUCUCUCCCAGCAGAGCUCAGGCUGUGAUUAGCAGGAAGGCUGUCACACAGGGAGGGAUCAGCUGCUGUGCUGGUAGCUUGAGACUUUCUUGUUCCCAGGAAUUGAGACAGACACACUCCCAGCGACCAGGACUUCUGACCUGCACUGACUGCUGAGUGACCGACAGAGAGGUUAGUAAAUGAGACAUAAUAAGCAUCGGUUUCCUUGGUUUAUUGGCAAACGAUAAUGGGUUAUUUGUUUACUAUGUGACAUUAGUUAAACUCUUAUUAUUAUCUGGAAAUAGGCAGAAUUACAGUAAGAAUAGGAAAUGUAUUUCGUUCUUCUCCCACAGUAUUGUCUGUACAGGAUAGAGACUGUAUCUAGAUCACAGACAAGUCCACAGGUUUCAUUUCAUUGUGCAUUUAUUCAUAAUCUGAUAAAAUAAAUAAAUGUACAACACAGUAACUCUGAGCUCCAAUGCCAGGUGCAACACACUAACCCAGAGCUCUAAUGCCAGGUGCAACACACUAACCCAGAGCUCUAAUGCCAGGAACAACACACUAACCCAGAGCUCUAAUGCCAGGUGCAACACACUAACCCAGAGCUCCAAUGCCAGGUGCAACACACUAAACCAGAGCUCUAAUGCCAGGUACAACACAGUAACCCAGAGCUCCUAUGCCAGGUACAGCACACUAACCCAGAGCUCUAAUGCCAAUUACAACACAGUAACCCUAAACUUUAAUUCCACUUGCAGCAUAGUAACCCAGAUCUCCAAUUUUCCUAAAAUACAAUAACCCAGAGCUCAGCAUAGGCGUGCACAGCCCAUUUCAUUACAGUGUGCAUCUGGAAAUUCUUCUUCUAUGCUAUUUUUUCAUGUUAUGUGUAACGUAUGCCAGUACCCCAGCUGAGUAUAUCCGUGAAGAAUCUCCCAAGUGCAGAAGUGAUUAUAGUGAAUAUAGCUCCCAAUCCACCAAACAUGAGCCAAGACUUCAUGGAGGGGUAAACUGUUCUGUUUAACCCCUUAACGACCGCUGACGGUUCAGGACCGUCAUCAAAAAAAUCCCCUUUAGGACCGGUGACAGUCCUGAACCGUCAUAAAGGUAUUAUGAGGGGAGACUGCACUCCCGGUGAGGGGAGACUGCCUGACAGCCCAAGCAGUCCUCCCCUCGGCGAAUUAGGACACCCUGGCCAUGUGAUCGCUGUAACAGAGUGUUCACAUGGCCACAACAGGUGUCCAAGUAUCUGCCUGCAGGGGGACUGUCUGUGCUGACACGCAGUCUACCUGCAUGUGUAAAAUAAAAAGAGAUGUUAAUAAAUAAGAAUAUAAUUAGAUAUGUGUGUGUACAUUAUAUAUAUAAUGUCAUACUAAGUGUAUUUUUAUAUUAAUAUACAUAUAUUAAUAUAAAAAUACACUUAUUAAAUUACACACGUAUAUAUAAUAUAUAUAAUAACUAUAUAAAUUGUGUAUAUAUAUAAUUAUAAAAUACAAAUAAGUAAAUUAAAAUGAAUUAAAAACACGUAAAAAUUAUUUUAAAAAAUUACAAAAAACUAUAUAUAUGAAAUUUUUUUCUAACUGUAUUUUGAUAUUAAUAUAUAUAUUUAUAUCCAAAUACACUUAGAAUGAAAUUAUGUAUACAUCUAUGUAUAUAUAAAUAAAUAAAAAUAAUACGAAAUAUAUAUAUAUAUCCAUUUACAAAAUUACAUAAAUAAUUUCAUAAAUAUACACAUAGACUUUAAAUAUAUAAAUAUGUAUAUAUAUUUAAAUUCUACGUGUGUAUUUAUGUAAUCUUUUUACAUAAUUAAGUAAUUUUAUUGAUUGCAAUUUGAGGAACCUGCCUGACAAUCCAGGCCGAAAGUCCAGAGAAUUUAAUUUGCUAGCACUGUAUUUAAAGGACCACUAUAGGCACCCAGACGACUUCAGCUUAAGAAGUGGUCUGGGUGCCAGGUCCAGCUAGGGUUAACCCUUUUUUUUUUAAUAAACAUAGCAGUUUCAGAGAAACUGCUAUGUUUAUAAAUAGGUUAAUCCAGCCUAUAGUGGCUGUCUCUUGACAGCCACUAGAGGUGCUUGCGUGCUUCUCACUGUGAAAAUCACAGUGAGAAGACGCAAGCAUCCAUAGGAAAGCAUUAUGAAUGCUUUCCUAUGAGACUGGCUGAAUGCGCGUGCAGCUCCUGCCGCGCAUGCGCAUUCAGCCGAAGAGGAGGAGAGCUCCCCGCCAUGGCGCUGGAGAAAGGUAAGAUUUUAACCCCUUCCUCUCCCCAGAGCCCGGUGGGAGGGGGUCCCUGAGGGUGGGGGCACCCUCAGGGCACUAUAGUGGUCCUUUAAAAAUAUCAGAUGCGGUAUAAUCUUUAGAUUUAGAAGUUAUAUGGUUACAUAUACCAUAUAUGAAUAUAUAAAGUGAAACAUUUUUGCUCUAUCAUUUAGUUGCGAUAUUUGUAUUAGCUGUAUUUUUCUAUUGAUUUAUGUAUAAAAUGAUAUUUUCUUCUCUACUGUAAUGGUAGAAAUUCUUACUUCACAGACCUUUUGAGAGGAUCAUCCCUCAGGUUUGUAGAGCUUCUGAUCUGCAGUAAGUGGAGAAUAGAUAAUGGAUGACGUCAAGCAGUUUCUGAGAGUCUCAAGAGUUUACAUUGAGAAAAUUCUUCGACCUUCUUAUGUAACAGCAUACAUGAUGACAUGGCUGAAAGAAGGUGAUGUAUUGUCUCCCAUUACACAGUGACUGCUAACAUAAUACAUUUAAUUCGACAUGCAGUUCAAUACUAUAUAUUUACAUGAAUACAUUUUAAUUCAUUUAAUUUCUAUAGCCACACUGGUCAUACAUUUUCAGUGAGAUGACUCUCCUGUAUCCUAACGUGUUAGGUGACUCAUCAGUUAAUUUGACUCAUGGUCAAAUGGAAAUGGACAGAUUACAUAUUUUCUUAUUGGCACCCAUUCCUUGUGCCAUUCUGAAAGCUGUAAGUGAGACUGGGGUUUCUGAGAGCAAUUAAGAGGGUAUUAUUUACUGCAAGUUUUUUGUUUGUUUAUAUUUAUGGAGUUUUUUUUUAUUUUUUACAGCAAUAUAAAUAGAAUAGUACAGUCAGUACUACAACAAAUGUAUAAAAGGCACUAAUUUGAUUGUCCAGGAGAUAUUUGCUGCUGCCCCAAGAGCAAAUUCAAAGCAAGGUUUCUCUGCACUCAAAGUUCAGAGAUUCAUUUUAUUAUACCGAGCCACAUUUAGAUGCACCCAGAAAUGUUUAGGUAUUGCAGUACCUUUACAUAAUUACUACAAUACUCAUGUGUUGAUGCUUGAUUUAAUAAACAUUUAUGCUGAGUCUCAGAGGCAGGAGCCCAUAUCUCUGGUUGCUACAAAUGUCACUUUUCACCACUCAGAAUAUAACCCAGAAAAAAUGUUUUUUUCUUUAACUUCAAAAGUUACAAUGGGUAAUAAUAAUUUUUAGCAAGUCAAUUGUUUUUAUUUGUUGUGAUAUGUGUCAUUUCCACUCUGCUUAUUGUAUUGUAAUAUUGGGCACAUUUCAUGGAGUGUUGAUUACUAACGUUUUACUGUUUUCUUAAAGAUGUGAUAGAACAAAUAAAGCACAAGGAGCAGGAGGGACCCACCAUGGCGUCUACACUGUUUGUAGAUAAAUUAUUGGAGCUGCAAGAUGAAGGAUGGUACCAAGCAUUUAUAGAUGCGCUAAGGGCCUCAGGUGAGUUUUAAUGUGAUAGUUGUGCCUGUUGUGAUUUUGGGUCAUUUGAUAUGUGCAGAUCUAAAGAAUUUUAGAUACAACACAGUCACAUAUUUCAGAUUGUGCUCAUGUGGCCAUUGCAAAGCUCUAUAUGAAUUUUCAUACAAAACCAUUCCAAAAUUCUAAGUGCAUUUUCAAACUCGCACAUUGCAAACUUCUAGGAGCAUUUUCGUAUAUAACCAUUGCAAGCUUCUAGACAUAUUUCUAUACAUUAACGUCACACAUAUUUUCAUAAAAGAUCAUAAAGGAUUACUCCAACCACCACGACCACUUCAGUGAUUUGAAGUGGUCAUGGUGUUAGUCGUAUUAGCAGUGUUUCAGCCUGAAACAAUGCACAUACUGAGAUGUUUGUAAUUGUGUACUGGCUGCUAAAUGCACACCCAGCACAUAUUUCAUUGACAGCCUGGAAUUCUAUUCCAGACUACCUAAAGUCAAUUCUGUGCAAAAAUGGUAGCUGUCAGACGCUAAAAACAGAUGUAGGAAUCUUCCCCUUGCAGACAGAGUGCCCGAAAGGGGAAGCUAGCUGUACUCUCCCACCUUCUCUGCAACCAUUUUACUUGCAGAUUUUACUACAAAUCAAGUACCCAAACACUUUAGAGUGCCUAAUAGGGCAUAUUACACCAGAAAGAUCACCCCUUUAAAAAGGGUUAUAGUAACUCUUUAAAGGGACAUUAAAGUCACCAGAACAACUACAGCGUAUUGCAUUUGUUCUGGUGAGUAUAGUAUAAUUAGUCCCAUCAGGCUUUUUGCAGUAAGCACUGUAUUUGCAGAGAAAAUGCAGUGUUUACAUUACAGCCUAGGGAUAACUCCACUGGUCAUUCCUCAUUCCUCAGAUGCCUACUAGAGGUGCUUCCUGGGGCAGCGCUGCACAAUUUGCAGCACUGCCAUUUAGUGUCCCCACCCUGUGCAUGGAGACACUGAACUUAUUGAGGAGAUGCUGAUUGGCCAGGUCUGUGUUUGGCUUGUGCUGGCUCUGCCCCUGUUCUUCCUCCUUAACAGUCUCAGCCAAUCCAAAGCUUCCCCAUGUGAAAGCAUUGUGAUUGGCUGUGAAUAACACUUCUGAUGAUGUCAGCCAUGCAGACAGAUUAGGGGCAGAGCCAGCAGCAGCAGCAGACUGGAUCAAAAGUAAGAUUUUACUAUAUUUAGGGGGAAGGAGGGGCGAUAGAUGGUGGUUUUAACACUAUAGGGUCAGGAAUACACGCACACAAAAAUUGCCUAACAAAGAAAACCAAAGAAAAAUGUACAGUAUCACCCAAAUCUAAUAAAAAACUUAACAUCAAAAUAAAAUAGUAGAACAUUUUAUUCAAUUUUAUACAAUUUAUACUAUAUUUUUAUUGAGUAAAUGAAGAGGCAGUAGGGUACAGAAAGAAAGAGGGUAUUCAUAUUUAAAUAAUGGGUAUACUAUAUAUCAUAUAGGUAUACAUCAUUACAUCUCUUGGCAAUUGACACAAACGUGGUUUUUGUACAAUGCUUCAAAAUUUUGAGGUGGACUAGGUAUUGUCUUGGGUAGAUUUGCCGGAUGCGAGACGAUAUGUAAUUGAACAAGGUACAUACUCCCGGUUAGAACUAAUUUUCAGCCCUAAUGACCCAUCUAUGCCCAUACUGUGCCUUGCCUAGGAGGUUCUAUCUCAUCAGAUAUCCAUGUGAAGGCAAGUAGAUGGUGAACUAAAUACAGUACUUUUCGUGUGUAUUCUGAUUCCUGUCUGCCCGCCACAAAUCCUACCUGAUCAGUGUGAAUAACGUGGGGUAAUAUUUUGCUUAACCGGAUUGCAUACAGUUUUGCGAAAAGUUUUGCAUCCGUGUUCAAUAGUGAUAUAGGUCUAAAAUUUGGGGGGAGUGUGGGUGGUUUGCCGGCUUUGGCAAUUUGAUAAUAUGUGCCAAUAAUACGUCUUUAGAUAAUGACUUAUGGGCAAUUGCAUCUUGGAAUGCGUGAAUUAGGUGUGGAGAUAACUUUUUGCAAAAAUUUUUUAUAGUAGAGGUUGUCUAGACCAUCAAGUCCAAAAGCAGGACUUUUAUAGUCAAAAUAACUUGUGUUCCGUCACUGGUGGGGCAAGGUCCGUCUGUUGUAUUGGGGUCAAUUGCGGUAGACUAAGGUCUUCUAAGUACCUAUUUAUGUUUAUACUCUGGGGUUGGCACACUUGCGCGUCGUGUUGUAGAUUAUAUAGCUCGGCAUAAUACCGGGGAAUUCGUUGCUAAUAUCCCUUGGCGUGUGAACCUUAGUGCCGGUUUAAGUCUUCAGAUAUGCUAUUUUUUGGGAUGCUUGGUGCACUUUAAAUCUGUUUGCAAGCAAUUUACUUGCUUUGUUUCCAUAUGCAUAGUGUGACAAAAGCACCUUCAUCACUGGGAUUUGGAAAAGUCUGCUUGUCAGCCUCUUGCCCCUGACUAUGGCCCCUGGGAUGUAUUGCCCUUUUAAAGCUUUAUUUGGGCAUAUUGGAUUUUAAAACACUUUUUCUGUCACUUUAAAUCCAUGGGAAAAUGUGCCUCUUCCCCUCCCCCUUUUUCCUGUCCUAUUGUUUCUCCAGCAGGGCGUUGUCCCAGGGACACUGCCAGACCAGUUUAAACUGUCUGCUUUGUCCCUCCUCAAUCUUCCAUCAGCCCUUGCUAUUUUCUGACCUUACCCUUCCUUCAUCUUGCAAAAAUUGGACUUUUAACAUUGGAUAACAAUGGAUAACAUUGAACAUCUGGGGAUAUGUUGAACAUAUAGGUUAAACAUUGCAUUAUAAGAGUUAUGUAUUUCUAUGUGGUUUUUGUAACAGUUUCUGACUUAGAGAUAUUGCCUGUACCUGGAAAUAAUUAAGUUACCACAGCCACUUAAGCCAAUUAUCUCCAGGAUAGAGGAGAAGAUAGACCGGCCGCACAGCCUAAAUCUAUGGAACUGUUUUGGGCAUGAAAGCCAUGCUUGCGGUCGGUGAAAUGUGACUUUCAUAAACCUCUGCUCUGAUCUGGGGUCUAUGUGAUUUUUGAACCCCUGCUCUGAUCUGGGUGAUUUUUAGAUAUGUUGUUCACCCAGAUAUGGGCUAUCCAGUGAUUUAUAAUUUAUGGAGUGUGUUAUGUUUUGGGGUGUUGUCUGGACUUUGGGGAAAAUGUGUGUUUUUCUGCCUGUGGAUAAUUAGGUUAUUGUAUUAGCUGCUUUAAUUAUAUCCCUGGCAGAGGGGAGGGCUUGUGUGUUGUAUGUGGGAGUGUCGGACAUUAUUGUAUUGUUUUGAUUGGUUUGUGUCCUUUGUGUCCUGUGCUCCACAAGGUCCACAUGGGUGGUAACCUUGUGUGGAAAAUGUGUAUAAAAGAAAUUACUUUGUGCUCAUUAAACAGACUUGUUCUACCCUUCAUAAAGUCUUGGCUCAUGUUUGGGGGAUUGGAGAACUACCUACACUCUGGGGAUUGCUAUAAUCACUAUACUCCCCAGAGUACAAUCACUAAGCUCUUGUAAGUGCUUGUUCCUGCUCUCUGGAUUAAGAGAUGUCUACCUACUGGAAGCUGGAUCCUGGUCUUGGGUCCAGAGUGGGUGGACAACGGCGAGACGGUGGGGUCUGCGGUGGUUAUCUUGUCUAAUGGAGUGUUUGGAGCCCUCGGGAAGCACUAGGAGCAUCCGUCAAUGGAGGUACCCAGUCAGUGUGCCCGGCGAUCCGUUACACAUAGUACUUAGCUUUAAGACGUUUAAGCUGAUACCCUAUUGUUUGUAAGGCUUGCUGCUGCGGUCUCUUAGAGAUGUAGAUAGUGACAAUUGGUUUGGCACAUUUAAGAAGUACAGCUCCUUUUGCCACUGCCGCAGUUGUGCUUGGGAGCUUUUAUGCAGUGUGACCACCCUCUGUAUAAGAAGCCCUCUCACAACCGAUUUAUGUGCCGUGGUUGGGGACAUACCUGGGGUGGAAUUAUCUGUAAAAUAAUGUUGGAGGGCCACCUCCACUUGGUAAGUGAAGGCUGGAUUUUGUAAAAGUGAGUCGUUGAUUCUCCAUGGGCUGUGGUUUUUAAAGUCAUAUUGGUCUUUAACCCCUAGGCUGACAGGGGCAUGAUCUGACCAUGUGAUGGGUUUAAUAUCACGCCGGACAAGUUGAUUAAGAUUCAACCCCAUCAAGAGAAAGGUAAAACUUUUCCGUCCCGUGGGAGAUCCACCAUGCAUUGUAAUAGUGGUGUGCAAAAAGGAGUUUCUGUAUCGCUCUACAUUGGCGUUUGAGGAGCCUAAACCUGGCACGGAGAUGUGAAAGCGUAGUGUCUAGUGCUGGGUCGAAGACAUGAUUAAAGUCUCCGCAAAUAAUCGUAAUCCCCUGUUGUAAUUUUGUCAGUUUCUGUAAAAUCAUAUGAAGAAAGUUCUGUUGAUUUGAGUUGGGUGCGUAAAUGUUUGCAGUGGUGUACGUGAUAUCAUUCAUGGUCCCCACUACUAUAACAUACCGCCCACUGGUGUCUAUAUCUUGUGUAAGGAGCUGGAAUGUAACCUUCUUGCUAAAAAGGAUAAAUGUGCCUUUUGAUUUGGAUGGUGAGGUUGCAUGAAAUUGAAGGGGGUAGUCGUUAGUUAACAUGGCAGUGUGAUCAUUUGGUCUAUAGUUGGUUUCUUGCAAACACACCACGUCUGGGCUUAGUCCAAAGUUCCCAACUCAACAUGUGUCGUUUCAUAGGUGCAUUUGUCCCUUGACAUUGUGGGUCUAGAAUUUCACGGUGGAUCAUAUACUUGAAGUCGCAGUAUACUUGGAUAAUCUCUAUGUUUAGUAGGGGGCCACCACUUCUACCAGCUCUAUCGAGCAAAGUUGAGGAACCCUAUAGGGUGUUAGCAAUGGCUUAUCCAUCCUCCGCAUGUCAGCAUUUGAGCUAGGCAAGCGGGAGACCUGCAUAGCUUUUAGUUUAGCAGUUAGCACACAGAUUGGGCUCUCCACCUGGCCUUGAGUACCAUAACUAGGUAACAAAAACGGGAAUGAAGGGAGAGGGAGAAGGAAGAAGGACUCCUUGAAAGGGGUCUCCAUUGAAAGGACUAUAACCAAAGUCCAGGGGAUAGAUGACAAGAAAGCCAAAAUUAUGCCUGGGCGUUGGCCAUUAGCGCCAUGGGGGUGGAAGCUUAUGGCUUCCUGUCCUGGGGAAAUCUGUGCCUUGGAGACCAUUGGAAGUUAAAAAAAGUAAGUGAAGGGACCAAUGUUCAAGUGUUAUAGGUAAGAAAUGCAGUGUCUGCAUUAGAGGACCAUAAACAUGUGUAUCAUGUUGGUUAUUUAACCCGGAGACAAUAUCAGUGUGAAAAACAAAAAAGAAAAGCAAGAAAAAACGAGAAAACAUAUAAAUAUAGUAUACGUUACAUCAAUCAAUUGAACAUGCCCAUCCCUCCUCCUACACAUUUGCUAAUAGUGUCAAGUUGAGUUGUAUUUCCUGUCUAUGUGAAGGUGUAUAGUGGGGUAGUUGGUCAACUGGUAUAUAUAAAAUAGAGAAGAAAGACAACCCCUGGUCUUGGUGCAGUAAGUGGGUGUCCCUCUGGUACCUUUAGCUAUGGUGACUAUAAUGUUUGGGUAUAGAGACCACCUGUGCCAAGGCCAGUUAAAUAACACACCAUCUAGGGAAAGAUGCUGCUCAAUCAGGUGUCUCCAUAUGCUUCCUACAGAAGAAACCAGAGGGGGUGGGUUUAUUAAGAGGCGAUGGCUGGUACACCAAAUGACCACUAAGGCAGGGAUCUUACAAUCGUCAGUCGUUAUCCCAUUAAAAAUAAUUGAAUGAAUAAUAUAUAAGAAAACAAAAAAGCAAAAAAUGUUUCCAUUUCCUUUGUGUUCUUUUGUUCUUUUCUUUUGCUCUCUUUUCCACCUUUGUUUCUUUUGUAAUUUUUAUCUUGUUCCCCUGUGUCUCUUCCUGUCUCCCCUCUCAAUUGUGUCUGAGGGUCUACCAAACCUAUUAACCUAUGGUAUGACCAUAAGAAGGUACACUACCGGGAGAACAAUGUUAAUCUGAUCAGGCAUAUUACUAAACAUCUUGUAUUUAGGGACAAGAAUACUUGCUGUGACACGUUAGCAGGGAAUACCAUAGUCUCUGUUGUCUGUGUAGAACUCUCAGCACUGUCUUUACCUUUUCCAUUCUGGAGAAAGUCUUUGCAAACUUCCUGAAGGUCUCGGUGGCUAUUGAUGCUCCAAUUCACCUUAAGAUGUGAUCUCCGUCUUCUGGGGUGAGAAUCACGGUGGUCUUCUCAUCGCAUUGUACCAGGAGUUUAACUGGGUAGCCCCAGCUGUAGAUGAUAUAGUGGGCUCUAAGACAUUCAGUGACUGGGUGAAAGGCUCUGCGAUGCUUGAGGGGAUAUGCGGAGAUAUCGGCAUAGACGGUUAUGGUAUGGAUUCUCUCUGGCUAGUCUUUGCGGGACCGGCUUCGCUUAAGGAUUUCCUCCUUGGCGUGGGAAUAAUGUAGGCAAAACAACACAUCCCGUGGUGUGUCUGGAGGCAGAAACUUUGGCCUGACCAUUCUGUGUAUGCAGUCUAGGAGCAAUAGGUUUCUGGGUAGCUCAGGCACAAUGGUGUGGAGUAGAUCUGUCACAAAUAGAGAUAUUCCGUUGGCCUCUGUCCUCCACAUCAGCCAGCUUAAGGUCAUAGACAUCCAUCCCAGAAAGUAGGCCUUCUAUUUGUGUAGUCAGAGUAUUGUGAGCUUCCUCUAAGUCCGCCAUUUUGUUUUCCCCAGGUCUUGUAAAUCCCUUCUCAGAUCCCCUAUGAAUGACUGUAGUGUUUGUAGGAUCCUUUCAGACAUGCCAUCUAGCAUACUCUGCAACAGGCAUUGAGUCAGUGUGGGUCUGGGAGCGGAGAGGUCUGAGAGCUUUCCAGUUCUUCCUCUGUGCCAUCUUGGGCCAUCUCUGGGGGCACAAGAGUUUUAGCUUGUCCCGGGGCACAAAGAAUUGUGCUUUUUCCAGUCUUUCUGUGAUUCUCUUGGAUUUAGGGUGAGACAUGAUAUGCCCGGUGCUGAUUAGAUUAGGGAGUUAGGGUCCCAAUUGCUCAAAUUCUGUCCUUUUCCGUGCGGAGCUCUCACAGCAUGCGGCCGCUCGGGGCAAGGUCCAGGACACGCCCCCUAUACUUGGAUUUUAACUUUUAUUGAAGUAAUUUUGCUUUCACUGCACGGUUAAACAACUUUUAAUUAAAAUUCAAGUGGCAUUAUGAUCCAUCCAUGCUAAACCCAACCCAAGCACAGUCUGCCUAUCACUGCCAUGAAGGCUGGACUUAAUUGAACUGCCCAUGAGAAGUGAAUGGACUGGGGCCAGAAUGGACCAUUCAGAAAUGUCUACACAUACACUACUACAAAUACUGCUGCUACUCAGCCAAAAAUUAAGCAAAAAAAGAAAAUGAGGAGGAAUGAAAUGUUAUUAGCACUUAGAUAUUAUACACCAGUGGUGAAUGCAGGUGGGCACCAGGGCUAGUGCUCCUCCCUCCAGAAGCCAGGAAAGGCUGUCAGAGUUUUCUCCCGUCUGUGGAACAGUUACCAUGGCAAUACUCUGAUACUUUUCACAGCGGCUGCAAAGAGUUGCAGACAAAGCAGCACAUCUCCCACUGGAACAACAGGGAAUUAGAUUCCCCCCCUAGCCCAAAUAUAUAAAAUAAACUAAUGUUUUUUUCUUCAGACCCUAUACUCCCAAUUGCAACCCUACUACAUUUCCUAACCCCCCUACUGCAGCCUCACCCCCUACUUCAGCCUUUUUAGCCAAACAGCAUCCCCUAUUCCCCCACUACAGCUUAAAAUCCCCCUACUAUAGUUUCUCAUCCCCACUGCAGCCCCUAGCUCCCACUGCAGCCCCUAUUCCCCAGUACAGUACCAACCCUCCAAAUGUAGCUCCUAUCCCCCAUUUGCAUCCCACCAUAUCACCACUAUAGCCCUUAUCCCCCACUACAGUCACUAUUAUUAUUACUGGUAUUUAUAUAGAACCAGCAUAUUCCUUAGCGCUUAAUAUUAUCAAAGGGAGGGGAUUUAACAAUAAAUGAGACAAUUACAAAAAAUUACAGGAACAAUAGGUUGAAGAGGGCCCUGCUCAAACGAGCUUAAAGUCUAUAGGAGGUGGGGCGUAAAACCCAACAGGACAGCAGGAGGUAGCAGAGAAGUCCUGCAAGCGUGAGUUGGCUAUACGGGUGCGAGUAGCAGACAGGAGAAGGUUAUGGGCAGAGCGGAGAGACCGAGAAGGGGCAUACCUGCGGAUCAGUGAAGAAAGAUAGGUGGGGCUAGAAUUGGUCAGUUCUUUAUAGGUGUGGAUUAGUACCUUGAAUUGACUUCUAUAGGAUACACGCAGUGGUUCCCAACCCAGUACUCAUGGAACCCCUACCAGUCCAGGAUUUACGGAUUACCCAGUUGUAUCCAAGGUGUUUUUAAAAGAAAAAACACCUUGGACACAACAGAGCAUUCCCUAAAUCCUGGACUGGUAGGGGUUCCUUGAGGACUGAUUUGGGAACCACUGGAAUACAGGAAGCCAAUGUAAGGACUGACAGAGAAAGGGGUGUGAAAGGAGCAACAGGAGAGGAAAAUCAGUCUAGAUGCAGCAUUCAUUACAGACUGUAGCGGGGCAAUACGACUUGUGGGAAGACCUAUUAUGAGAGAGUUGCAAUAAUCCAUGCGAGCGAUUACUAGAGUAUGGACAAGCUCUUUAGUAGCUCCAUUAGUAACUAUCUCCCUUCUACUAGAGUCCCUAACCCCCUUAAUACCGCCCUUAUGAUCAAACAGUAGCUCCUAUAUCGCUGCUGCAGCCCCUAUCCCUACUACGGCCUGCAACCCCUUAAUUCAGUUCCUUAACUGCACUGCAGCUUCUAGCCCCCACCACAUCAGCAAUCCCACACUGCAGUCUCUACCCCCCUAAUGUAUCUCUUAUCCCCCCACUACAGCCCAUAUCAUCCAAAUUUCAGCCCCCACCCCCACUACAGCCCCUAACUCCCCUACUACAUGAUAAUUCUGUGUCUCCAGGUUCUCGUGAUGUAAAUCUGGUCCUGAUUAAAGAUAGUGCAAUUCAAUUCUCAGUUCUCCGUAAAGUGAAUAAUAAUUUUUGUUCAAAAUUAUACUUGCAUGAACAGAAGUACAGAUUUCACUAAUUGUUGUUUUAUUGACAUAUUUUUAAUCAGUGUCUUUGUGUUUCUUUCUUUUUGGUAUAUUUACAGGAUACACUGGCCUGUGUGAUGCACUAGAAAAGAGAGAUUUUAGAGACAUUGAGUGUUUAGAAGAAGACAGACGACAUCUAAGCAUUAUUUAUAGUACUGUUAAAAGUAAUAUCAAACCAGAUGAACUGGUGCCAUAUUUCACUCAAUGCUUUCUGCAUGGGGAGCUUGAGGCAAUUAAACAGGUAAAUGUGAAGGUCACUAAAAGAAGCAGACAACCAUAAACUUUUUUUUUUUUUUAAACAAGAAGCAAAGAUUAAGCUUCAUUUUCUGUUGUUUGUAAACAUUUAAUGUUUUGGCUUUUUUGUCUUGUCACUGCACGGUGCAAGUUUUAUGAAUGAUACAUAACCACAUAACCGCAGUUGUUUUGUAUGAUAACAUUCAAAGUGAGCAGCGAGGUAUCUGCAUGACAGGUGUCAUCAGGGGUUGUGUUUGCUGUUUAUGUGAGAGUAUAUUUAUGUAUUUGUUAGUAAUUGUGUUGGUAACUCAGCUUACCUAAUGUGGAUACUCUAUGAAUAUGUUUUUUUGUGUUUUUAGGAAACUGUGCAAAAGGGAGAUUGUGCAGGAGCUGAAAAACUUAUCGAUUGUCUGCUUCGAUCAGAUAAAAAGCAAUGGCCAAAGAUCUUUACCAUAGCCUUAGAAGAAAAGAAUUUCACACCGGUUCUUGAGGUGUGGUCUCAAAAUAAAGGUAAUUAAUAUUACAGUAAUAUAAUGGAAACUGUAGGGUUAUUCCAGUGCAGAUAAUGGAGAAGAUUUCUCAAAGUGUUCUGAAAAGUGUCUUUUAUUUUUUUGGUUGCUAGUCUUUUACUGUUUGUAUUUAUUACAUUUUACUAAAAAAUAGUAUAAAAAGUGUUGGCCCUUUUCUUCCUCAACUUGUCCAUUUUUUUUGUAGAUGUAUUCUUUUCAGAAAAGGCAACCAAAGUUAGAUUGGUGUGAAAAAAUAGAAUUGAAACAGUACAUUAUUCUGUCAGAAAAGGUGAUAUAAAGAUUUAAAAAUCUGUUGUGCUGCUGAAAAAAAUUGCAUACAUUUAAAAAUACCUUUUAAGGUGCAAAAGCAACAGACUUACUUUUAUCAUGUACGGACUAUGUGUAAUUGUAAUGUGGGUUUGGGUGCACAGGUCUGUUGGCAAACAAACCUCCCCUUAAAUCUCCUCACCGGUCUGGGGUCCUUGUGGGUUGCAAUGCCUUUGAUUAAUCCAGUCUGCAUCACAAAACUGGUAUAUCAGGAGAGAAUCCUGGCAUAUCAUCAUCAGGUGAGGGCUGAAAUAAGUACAAAUACUGCCACAAAUGGAGGCUGCUGCCUCUGAGUGUAACUCCCACCAUGUAAAUCUAGGUGCUAUACUAAAGUUAAAACAAUACUAAUCGUUGCUCUAGCACUAACCUGAACACUAAAUAUAUAUUUAUCUUUUGUUCAGUAUGUAUAUAGACUGCAUACUAAAAUAAUUCAUUGUUUUUUCCCUUUUUACGAAUAUUUUUUAUUAUUUUUUUGUUGUUUAUAGAUUCGGAGUGCAAAAAGGAAACAGAAUCAUCUUGUGAAGAAGAGGGAGAACAAAGUACCUUUACUAUGUUCCAAUAUUCAGAAGAGGUUGACCCACAAAAUCAAUGUCUGUCAGGUGAGUCCGAUCAGUUUUUGUUUGGUUGUCUUCAUGAAACCUUGAGAUCCUCAUGCCUCAUCACUUUUUAGCCUUAUGCCAUUUUCACCGUCCCUUCCCCUUUUACUCUUCCACCUCUUGUCUCUUCUGUCAUUGUGUGUUACUUUUAGUCACAUUUAGUUUAGAUCUGUCACUCACACCCAGCCUGACCUUUUUUGCUAGAAACGUUUGCAGAGGAGACAAUGAGAUUAUAAACUUAAUGAGCAAGUCUUACCCACCUCACCAAUAUCUAUAGUCUCCAAUAGAAUGGCUGCAAGAUGUGGAUGACACAAAGGUUUAUGGGAUACAUUCAGCUCUCUCCUAGCUGUCUAUGUAGUGCUGUACAGCAGACACUACAUUGAGUAAGUUCAGUCAUGAAUAAAAGAAUGCAAUACAAAAUGUAAUAGAUGCUGGCUUCUUUCAUAUGUUUCAUAAAUUAAAAUGCUUGCAUCUGGGUCUGCCUUUAAAUAGAAUGUUGACAAAAAAUCUAAGGAAUAGGUAAUGACUUGUCCCCCCUGUUAGAUUAGUUUUGUUUUGAGCACUAUGAAUAUGUCAGCAGUAAUGGGGAUUACAAAUCACCAGCAGCCGGAACUCAUGAUAGUAUUUAUAGUACAAAAACAAAAUCUGUCUACCAAUACCAAAACAUACUGGCUUCUUUUCAUUUUAGCUGCCCCUGAGCUGCGUCUGAAUCAUGACAGCAGUGUAGCAAAUGUUCCACAACUGACCGGUGAGUAUUUCUUGAAAAUUUCGGAAUUUGUAAUGUUAUAUGCUCAGGUAUUUUCUUUCCUCUGGAACUUAUCUAGUAGUAAACAUUUAAUUUUAUAUUGCAUAGGCUGAUGUUACAGAUGAACAUUUUACUUUUCUGUGCUAGGUUACUUUCAUCAAUCUACUUCUGAGCUGAAAUUGAGAAAUUAUCAAGAAGAGCUGGCACAGCCUGCGCACCAAGGGAAAAAUACAAUUAUAUGUGCCCCAACAGGUUAGACUAUUGGAAAGAAAAUUUUAUUGCACGUGUGAACCACAGUUUAUCUAAAUAUCUAGUACCUUAUUAUUAUUAUUUUUUCAAUUUAUGCAUACAGACACCCUGGAUAUACUGAUCAAAGGGUUUAAUAACACAACUUAAUUUGACAGACAGAAGUCUCUGUAGUCAAUCCAGUGGGUUUUUAUUGUAUCAAUAAGUAAUCAUCACAAAGAAGUUAACCAUAUAAAAAGUCUAAUAGAUUUCUGUUGAUCAUUUGCAUUGAUACAGGAUCAGGGAAAACAAUCGUGGCACUUUCAAUAUGUGAUCGUCAUCUAAAGUCCAUGCCAGCGGGACAAAAAGGAAAAGUUGUUUUCUUGGCAACUAAAGUACCAGUUUACGAACAGCAAAAAGAUAUCUUCUGCAAGUACUUUGAAGACAGCGAGUAUGUAUCCAAGUCUGUGUACUGUAAAUGUUUUGUAAAUGCUCCAAGAAUAUAGCGCAAUUGUAUAAUUUUCAGUUUUGCUACUUUGUCCUCAGAUUUGAUACUUUCUCGAUUCCUAGUUUAGUGAAAUACCCUGUCUUUGUAUAUAUUUUCUGACAGUUUCAUGAAAAGAAAAAUAGUGCAAACAUCCUGUUUUACUUUAGGUAUUUUAAACCAAAAACCAUCCCAAGUAAGGUAUUCAGGCUAAGUUUGGGUUAGACAACACAAAAAAAAAGAAAAAUAACAGUAUUAAAUUAUGAAAAUUAUGUUUUAAAAUCAGAAAAAGUUUAUAUACAACAGUGAAACUUGUCUGGAUUUAAGUGUAUUCAAACUAAGAUCAUAUUAUUCUCUAGUCUUUAUGUAGGAAAAUAUAUAUUUUAUUUACAGGAGGCGAAUAUAAUCAUUUAUCUCUCUUUACUACUCCAACUAAAAAUAACAGGUUAACUACAGGUUUAUAUAGAUGAAAGAAAAAACAAGGUGAUAUAACAGGUAACCAAUCAAACAUGAUAUAACAGGUAACCAAUCAAAAUGGCCCAUGCUAUAAAAGACCCAAUCAGAUAAUUCAAGUCCUCUUUCGAGCUGUGACAUCUUGAAGACUGGUCAAAUACAGUCUGCAGAAAUAACGUGAAACUGGAGCCAAAUUGUAUAAAGAAAACCGCUUCAAGUAAUCGGAAGUCCUAAUGAUCCAGAUCCAAUUCCUACAGGAUAAUACCUCAUCUUGGGGUAUUAUCCUGUAGGAAUUGUAUCUGGAUCAAUAGGAUCAAUACCAUCUUGGGGUAUUAUCCUGUAGGAAUUUUGUCUGGAUCAACAGGAUUAAUACCUUUUUGGAAUAUUAUCCUAUAGGAAUUGUAUCUAGAUCAAUAGGAUUUCUGAUCACUUGAAUUGUUUUAUUUAUACAAUUUUGUUGACUAUAUUCUAGUUUUACAGGAAUGUUGACAGGCUGUAAAUUUUAUUUAAUAUUUUGCAGCACUUUAUAUUAAUUAUUUAUGCAUUUGGUAUUUGGCACUCUGUAUUUUAUCAUAGGUUAUGCACUAUCACCCGCAGGGAACAUAGUUAUAUAUGUUUGUUUAUAUAUAUUUACUUGCAGACUUGACCAACAGUGGCAAUAUUAUGUGAAUAAAUAUGAAAAACAAACAUUCUCUUUACUAUAUCUUUUUUAAUUUGAGUGUGGUAUUCAUUUAGUUGAGUGUGGCCAUUUUUGCAUUCCAGUUUUCUUAGCAUUGCCAGAGAGGUCAAAUAACUUUGUCAUAGAAACUUGUUAUCUAGUAACUUGUCCUGGCAUAAUUUAAAUGAAUGGUCUAACCCUUUACUAGGGUCCUUGCCAGAUUUAAUAAGAAAUUUGGCAAGUUUAGAAUCCAAUGGUGGUGUAAAACACUUUUUUUUAAGGAUACAUAGUCAUGGGCAUGUUGCCCUAAAUUUGUUCCAAGCCAAUUUAUAUAAGGGUUUCCUCAACCAAUUCUUAAUAUAGUUAGACACAGAUGGCAUAAGUGUCCGUUCAGCAGACCUGAUAUGUAAGAUAUUAUCCACAUCAAAUAAAGGAGUACCUUUUACGUCUAAUAAUGUAUUUUCUGUUAUAUUAGAAUUCACUUCAAUAUUGGUCUCAGAUUCAGAAAAAUAACUAACCUCGUCUGUAGAUGCAAGAGUCUCGUCUUACAGGAAGAGUCUCCAAAGGUUAUGCAGUAGGAGUUUGCUCCUCUUAGAGGCCUUCCAAUCCCAUAUAAUCUACUCAUGGGCAGAGUGUCAGUUGUGUAAUAACGUUUUGCUUGAUGAACACUUUAAAUCAAUAUGUUCUUGGUCCUUAACUAUAACUUGCUCUCUAGAUCUCUUGUCUGAAGAGCUAGGACCAUAGAAGAAUCCCAAAAAUGUCCUUAUAUGUUCCUCAGGGAUGAACUCACAUUCAUUUGAGUUGUUAAAGUAUCAUGUGAUAUGAAACGGGUUGAUUAUUAGCCGCAUUUUAUAAAUGAGUCAAGCAUUGUAUGUCGUCUUUAUAUAAUCUUUUUUUAUAGUCGCGUGUAAAUUUACUGUGGGAACGGCUGAGUGAAACUGGCCCCCCUACAAUCAGCACAAAUAAAGAAUCCACUGUGUUUCUUUGGUGCUCCUUUUGUGCUGUUUUGUGCUUUUAUUUUCACAUUCGUGCAGCGGGAACAGAAGUUACUGAAGUAACGUUUUCGACAAUCUUCUUCUAAGUCAUUUUGCAAUGAAUCAGAAUAAAUCUGACAGUUGGGUGAGUAAAAACUGAACCAAUCGCUAACAUGCACAAAACAGGAACGUGCUACUUAUCUCGUCAGUGGAGCAGCAAAGAAAGAGGGUUUGUAUUAUUUGAUUGGGUCUUUUAUAGCAUGGGCUGCUUGUUGAUUGGUUACCUGUUGUAGCUUAAUUCUAGUUAUUUGCUGCUAUUGGCGUAAUAAAGAGAGUCUCGUGUCUGCAAUAACAUUUAAAAUUUAAAUUAACACUGUAGGCACUUCAACAACCUAGUCUUAUUUAAAUUGUUAAAGUACCUUAAAGAUGUUCCUCUUCUCUUAUUGUUUAAAUCUGUUCAUCUGUGUGAAAGCUCGGAAGCACAGCUUUAAGCCACACCCCCAAACCCUCAGAUACUGAGAGCCAGGUAUGUAACUUCCCUGCUCUCAUACCCAAUUUGACGUUUACAUAGCACACUGACGUCUACGGUAUUAUGCUCCUGGGCACACCCAACAAGCCCUUUCAUGGAUGACUUUACACAUUCUGUGAGCUGAUCUCUGCUACAGCUCACUGUUAAUGAACGUGCAUGCUCCUUGCAUGGCCGAUUCACGAUUUCUCAUAGGGAUUCAUUGAAUGCAAUGAUUCCCUGUGAGUAUAAUUUGAUAAGUGCAUCCUGGUGAGUAAACGGCAUGUGCGGACUGUCCACAAUGCUUCUCUAUAGAAGCUCCUUCACCAAAAGUAAAAUGUUAAUGUGCAAGUUGAUGGGGUGUAAUGCCGAGUGGACACUUAAAGAAUAAAGGUCAACACUUAUUUUAAAAUAAAAAGUUACAAUAAAUUAAUAACUGUCAAUAAUGUUUAUUGAUAUAUAGCAGGUUAAUAUAUAUAUAUAAUAUAUAUGAAAUAGCAUAUACGUACAGUGCUCGUACAGUGUUCUUGGAAAGGACAAAAUAGCCAAACUGGAAGCAUAAAUGACGUGGAGAAAUGUUCCAGUUCGAAUAUUUUGGGCUCAAAUUUAAAAUCUGCUUUGAAUUCUUGAUAAUUAUUUUGUUAGUGAAUAACCCUAUAGGUUUUCUUGUGAAAAUAAAUUAAAUACACAUAUCUAUAUUUAACUAAUUAGCUGCAAAAAUAUCAUGAGUUGCCCAAAAAAUUAUUUUUUUCUUUUUAGCUACUCUGUAGUGGGAUUUUGUGGCGAAUCACCAGAGAAUGUGCCGAUUGGAAUGGUUUUGAAAAGCAGUGACAUCAUUAUUCUAACCCCUCAGAUUCUUGUCAACUGUCUCAAGGAAGGAUCCGUGCCUUCACUCUCCAUAUUUACAUUGAUGAUUUUUGAUGAAUGUCACAACACAAUAGGUUCUCACCCUUACAACGUGCUAAUGUUUCACUACUUGGAUAUGAAGCUUGGCUCAACAGGAGAGAAGUGUCCACAGGUAACAAAGCAAACACACUUCUUGAUUUCCAAAUACAUGCUUUGUUAGUGGUUAGUUUUUGUCACAACAGCCAAGUCAAUACAUUCUGAAAUUACUGGUGAUUUAGUCAUUUCUAUUUUAAAAUCUUUGUAGAUUAAAAGGAACGCUAAAAAGGAAAAUGGCCACUACAGACUGCUGUACGCCGUCAAACCAUUCUUAAACAAUUUGGCUACUUAUUCUUGGAGGGCACCAGGGCACUCCUGCUAUUAUAACUAAUACAGCGGGCUGAAGUGGUUAUGGUGCUUGCACUAUUCCUUUAUUGAGCAAGUACAGAAUAGAAAAAAGUUAUACAAGCACCCCAGAAGAGUUCUGUCUGUCUGAUUGACAGUUAUGGUAAACUAGCUUACAGUUUGUAUUUUUUACAAAUUAUUAAGCUGUUUUUACAUCAUCAUACAAGUUAUAAGCCACUCUCAGAUCUGAGAAAGAGUGCUGUGUGCUCCCUGGCCCAUAAACUUUGUAAUUAUUUACAGUUGUCCAUUUAAAUGUGGAAACCUGUGACAAAAAGCACUUCUAUAAAGGCUACUUAGAACAUACUACAUGUGAGAGUUUUUGUCAGGGUGGCGGUCCGGGACCCAGACACUGUCCGGGCGGCGGUGCGAGGACCAGGACCCAGUAUGCCUGAUGAUAAGUGGGAGUCUUCAGCGUGAGAGUGGAUAGGUCAGGGUCUGGUGCAGGGUAACCGCACGCCCCCUGGUGUUGAGCACCAGCAUUUGUGCAGCCACAUACCAGAACCCUGAUUCAGCUUAUGCAGAUCCCAGGAACUAGGAGCAGGAAUAGGGAGGCUCUGCAGCAAGAAUGUACCCAGUACAGAAACAAGGCAAGACUAGAGAUAGGCACCACAUGAAGACAAGACAAAACUAGGAGAACCCAGAACCGGAGAAGGAUAGAAAGCAGAACCCAGAACAUGUACACAAGACAUGAGGAAAACAAGAACAGGGCAGGACAGGACUGUACAUGAACUGGGAAUACAGGACAAAAUAAAACAAGACAAGAGAUACAAGGUAAAACAAGAGGAGACAUAACUAAAUCCCCAUGAUUUUCAUAUGUAGUACUUAGUUACAUUAUAUGAUAAUACAUUGCAUAAGCCUGCCAACAAUGCCAAUGUACCCCAUAUCUGACAGGUCCUACUCUGCCUAAUGUUCGCUAAACCAACCAAAGAAAACACACAUAGUACUUACCUGCAAGAAAGGGCAGAAGACUUGAGCAGCUGCCUGCAGGAACACCAAAACAAAAGGAAUGAUGGAAAACAAACGGGUGUGGCAACAUAAAACAAACAUUUAAAUGAAUCGAAGAGACUGGGAAUUCCAGGGACGGAAUACAGGAAUGAACCCAGAAAUCCCAGCAUAAAGAAAACCAGACAUAGAAUAGAAAACCAAAAAAAACAAGAAAAACUAAAUAAGAAUUGUAAAAAGAGUACUGGAUACAUGAAGCCAUAACCAGAAUGAUCCGCAGCUAAGAACAGGAUGUGACAGUUUUAUUGUAGAUCUGAAUGGCAACAUAAGUAUCAGCCCUGGCAAGAAUAUGGGUAGAUCUGACAUUCCAUAAUUUGGCUCUGCCUCAGGGAUCUUUGCUUAACUAUAUUGAAAUAUAUGCCUACCUAGUUCCUACAUCCAUGAACUUAGAUAAUAACAGCUGAUAUUUCAGUAAAAACCUAUAUACUUAGUGCAGCAAUGUUUAAAACGCUAGCUAUGUAGUAACCUAACCCAUGUUAAGUUAGAAGGUGUUUUACAAAGUUCAGGUAGUAUCCAAGUUGUAUUGAAAGCAGUUAUUUCUAACUCUCUAGUGCUAUGCAGUUUUAAUUCUAAUUUGUCAUCUGAAAGGCAUUCUCAAACAGAACUAGCUUAAUUCAGCAAGGGGAUUUCCUUUACUCUGUGUUGUGUACCAUUAUAUAUGUUAUAUACACAGGUCGUUGGAUUAACGGCCUCAGUGGGAACUGGAAAAGCCAAAAAGGGGGAACUAGCUUAAUUCAGCAAGGGGAUUUCCUUUUCUCUGUGUUGUGUACCAUUAUAUAUGUUAUAUACACAGGUCGUUGGAUUAACGGCCUCAGUGGGAACUGGAAAAGCCAAAAAUGAGGAUGAAGCUACACAGUACGUUCGUAAACUGUGCGCCAGCCUUGACAUUGAAGUCAUAUCUACAGUCAAGAAUAAUGUGGAAGAAUUGGAAAAAAUUGUAUACAAACCUGAGAAACGUAAAUAUUAUAAUCCUAUUAUUGUUUCACAUUUUUUUCUUGUGAUUAAUAAUUGAGACACUUCAUCUGUUUUGAGUAUAGUAAAGUAUCGAUAUAGUCCAUCAAGGCCUAGAACUACAAAUAUUAUCAUUAUUAUUAUGAAAUAUAUGUUCCGUGUAGUAAACAUACUGUACAUAAAAAAAUCUGCUAUUUCCCAUGUUUAUUUUCCAUCAAUUAAAGUGCUUUAUAGACGUUUUCUAUCUAUGUUAUAAACAGUAGAUGUUUUAGAGACCAAUGCCACUUCCAAACAUCAAUACAUGCUUGAAAUAGCCCAUACUGUUCUCACAUGUCAGAUAUUUUUUGUUAGAAUUGUUUAUUUGUUUUGUUUUGCCUACUGUACAGUGUUGUUGAAUCUGUUGGUGCUAUAUAAAUAAUUUUAUUUGCUCAUUAUUAUUAUUAUAAACCCGUACAUUAAUUGAUACAGAUUCCAUCAUUGUAAUAAGAGAAUUAACCAAAAAUAAAUUUUUGAGUAUUCUGUUAUAUGAACUCUUUGUCCAUGAAUUUAAUAAACCUAUAAUUAUCAGCUGACCCUGUCAUAGCUCCCUUGAACUAGAGACCCUUGGUCCAUCAUGAAAUCCCUGACCACCCAGUCUAUCCAUUUCUAAAGUUCAUCACAUAGAGUUUGUAGAUGGUGGCAAAAUGCUCUGAAUUCAUUACUGACAAGUGAAUUCAUAUUUUUGUUAACAUGUAGGCAUUUUUUUUUUCAUUUUUACAGUAAUUCGUGAACUGACUCCCCGUAAAACUGAUCUUUUUAUUAAUGUAAUGUCAGAAAUAAUGUCAGAGACAGAAAAAAUGGCACGGAACAUUUUCCCUCAACUUGGUAAGUUUUUCAGUACAUUUGUUUUCAGUUACUGGCUUUGCGUUAAAUGAGAUAAGAUUUUUUUUUAAACAAAGCUUCAGGUUUUGUAUAAUUCAGUUUUUUUGUUUUUUUUUGGACAGUCUUUAUUAAGGUUUGUACAAAUGUAACUAAGAAAUAUAUAUGGUUCAUAGAAGACGGUCCAGAACGUAUACAUAGUGAAAGAUAACAGUAAAUAUUUAUUGACUUCAGGUUUGAACAGGUUGACCUUCUGUGCAGAUUAAAACUUACUAGCAAACUAACGUAUUAAAUUGAAUGAUGUUAAUAUCUGUUGGACAAUAGGUAGUCAAUAAAAGUGAAUAUACUUCUAAAAUGUUAAUGCCUUGCAUUCAUGUUAAUCCUUUUCAAGUUCAUUGAGCAAGCAUUACUAACAGUUAACUAUUAAGUAAAAGUCUUUUCAAACAGAAUAAAGAGGCUGUUUACUUGUUUAUCCUUGUUCUUUGCAUGCCUUUACAGUGGUUAUAACUGACCAUUGUCUUGUUGUUGUUUUUAAUUUGUAUUCAUUUUACCAGUAAAAUGUUAAUGCCUUGCAUUCAUGUUAAUCCUUCUCAAGUUCAUUGAUCAAGCAUUACUAACAGUUAACUAAUAAGUAAAAGUCGUUUCAAACAGAAUAAAGAGGCUGUUUACUUGUUUGAAAGCAAAACAUUAAAGGAUCACUAUAGGGUCAGGAACACAAACAUGUAUCCCUGACCCUAUGGUGCUAUACCCAUCAUUUAGGUGGCUUGCAACCCCUUAGCACACCUAUAAAAGUUUAAAACUCACCUAAUUCCAGCGCUGUGACAUUAUCAAAACGGCCGAUUUUUAGCCAAUCCAAUGCAUUGGAUUGGUUAAAAUCGGCACGGGGCAGGGCCAAAUGCCACGCAGAGUGUGGGGACGCUGAAUGGCAGGGCUGCUUACUGUGCAGCCCUGAGUCAGGAAGCCCCUCCAGAGGCCAUCUAAGGAGUGGCUAUUUGGAGGUGUCCCUAGGGGCAAUGUAAACACUGCCUUUUCUCUGAAAGUGUUUACAUGAAAAUGCCUGAAGGAAGCUAUUAUACUCACCAGAACAACUACAUUAAGCUGGUGAUGUCACGCCGCUCCUGCCAGAGAGCGGUAUGGGUCAUGUCGGGCGCACGUCGUUGCGGCAGCAUUCCCACAUCGCAAGGAGAAUGCUGCUGAAUACUUACCUUUUCUCCGGCGGUCACAUCUUGUUGUGGCGGCAUUCCUACAUGGUAAUAGGAAUGCCGCCUAUCGCUUACCUCCUCCUGCGACGGCCCCAGGCCUCACUGACAGGCACUCCUCCCCUUACACAGCGGCCGGGUCUCCUUUUAAGGUUUUCUUUAUGAACCUUGUAGUGCCUAACCUUUUGGAACGUGUGGGUGAUGUCACACACAUACGUUCACUAUCACAUGCUUUCCUGCAGCCAAUCAGGCAGCACCUUAGGCUAUUUAAACCGUUUUUGUCCAUUACUCUGGACCCUGUCGUGGUUUCCAUUCUGGUUAUCCGAGAACUCGUUUCUGAUACUGUUUCUUGUGUAUUUUGACCUUGCUUUCCUACUGACUAUUCGAUCUAUGUAUUCCUUGACCCUUGGCUUGGCUCCUGACUAUUCUGAUUUUCUAUAUUCCUCGACCUUUCGCUUGCUAAAAGUUUCCGUGAUUUCUGUGUUCUUGUCCACAGCCUGUCUUGUGGUUUUUCAUUUCAUACAUUAAAUCCGGCCGUUCUAAGGCCCGGUAAUACGUCUUAGGGUUUUCAUUAUUUUUCUACUUAAGCUCUGUAUGUUGGGCAUUAGUUUAUUCUGACAGGUGACUAUAGUGUCCCUUUAAGAAUUAAUUAAUAAUAUAAGCUAGCACCAUUGCUGGUAGUUAUGGACAGAAGUAUUAGCCAAUUAGCCAAACCAUGACAGUGGGGAGAGUGUAGAUAUACAUUACUAGCUAAACUAUCUUGUUGACUAUCUGAGCCUCCUACCAGGACGUAAAUUUACAUGAAAUUAACAUCUGAGUCUUACAUUAACAUCAAGAAGUUAUCAAUAACUAUCUGCCACCAUCAACACAUUUUAUUAAGUGUCUUGCACUUUAAUUAUCUUCUCUGACAGGUAACAUUUAUUUCAGGGUAAAACAUCCACAAUACAAAAGUCAACGCAUAUAGCAAUCUGUCCCUCUUUCUUAAAAAUAAACUGUUAUUGGUCCGAUUUUUUUGUGCAACAUAAUGAUUUUAAAUGUUAGCUAUGGGUUACACUAAAGAUAUUGCCAUAUCAAGUUAUAAUCCUACAACCAUACUCCUCUUUAUGCUGGUGGUCCUCAAAAAUGAAGCUGUUAUAUGAAUUAUGAAUUUAGGCAGUGCCUUUAUCAUAGCCAUAAACAAUUCUUAUAAUGUUACAUGAGAACAAACCCAUCUAGAAAAAUGGUUUUAUAAAUGUUAAACAACAAAAAUGAAAUUAUGUUGACGAAUGACGUGAAUAAAACUAUAUAUAACUUAGCUUUUACCGAUCCAUAAUUCCUUCUUCCAUUAGACUCUCUGUCCAAUAUCCAGAACCGGAGUUUUGGCACUCAAAAGUAUGAGCAGUGGAUCAUUGACACCCAAAGAAAAUGUCGCAUAUUACAAAUGGAGAACAAAAUUGAAGAGAGACGUAUCUGCCAAGAACUGUUUACUUACACGGAACAUUUACGGGUACGCAACAUGAGGUGCUAUUAUGCCUCGUAGGUCACUCGCAAAGCUUGAGAGCAAUGUAUGCACUUUCAGGGUUAUUCACUAAAGUGGCAACAGUUAGGAAUUCACUACUGACUUUAAAUUUUAGGCCAGACUAGCUAAGCAGUAAGCAUUCUUGUUUUUAUUUUCAAAUCCUGCGUUCAUAGCCUGAAAUGUUAAAUUCAGUCACAAUUCAUGGUUAUUAUCACUCUCUAUUAAAUGGAAGCAUCUGUAUACCUACAUGCAUUUUUUGGGUGGCUUUCUCUGCUUUCCAGGUAUUGUAGAAAUGAAUUCUCUAUCUUGUUAUAAGUUCAUUAUAAAUUUUUGCUAGCUGCCACAUGUUUCAGUUUGCUGUAUUUGACACUAGUAAAGUACUACUUGUUAUCCUGGACAAGGCAUAGCAAAACCUUUAACUGUGCUGUUCUUUCCUUAAAAUAGAAAUACAAUGAUUCAAUCAUGAUAAAUGAUGAUGCUCGUACGAAAGAUGCUUUGGACUACCUAAAAAACUUUUUCGAAAAUGUUAAAAAUGGGAGCUACAACCCAAUUGAACAGCAGGUGACAAAGGUCUUUGAAGGUAUCUAUCUAUAAUAAAAUCAAAGCAAAAUAAUUAUUUUUAUAAACUUGAUAUCAAAGUAAACAUGUACAUUUAUGGCAACAUAGUUUGAAGAUUAUUUGUCAUUUAAACUGUAUUUGACAGGAAAAUAGGAGUGUAUAAUUAGAAUUGGUAGGUGGUUUAAAAGUAGGGUAGCAAUGGGCAGUGCAAAUAGGAUAAUGUAGUGAAGUGGUCUAGGAGUGUUGCGGCUUACUUCGCUGAACCGCCUCUGUUGUCACCACCAUCUUGGAUCCCCGUGUUUUUUCAAAUUUCUAUACUCAUCAAAAAUUAAGGCACAACUGUUCUGUGUUUAAAUAGGGUAAUUUUGCUUAGCCACAUCCCCCGAUAACACCAUGUACCAGGGUUAGAUUUAGGAGGAAUUUUUACUUAUAGAUUAAUGACACCCAGGGAUAAAACAUUACAUUUGAAGUUAUGUAUAGAGUUAAUUAAAGCCUUACUCCUAGGGUUAGGGCUAGAAUAAGGAGUGAGAGAGGUUAAAUUAGUUACCUAACCCCAAUUUUAACCCUCACUUAACCCUGUGUCCUUGUGGUUUAGUGAAUGUACUAACUAUAAUGUAUGUGUGAAACUAGUUUUACUGACUUUGCAAUACCUUGCUGAGGAGAGGUUACCAUUCCAGCUGAUACCUCAUCAAUGGGAGUGAUGCAGUGGUCUCGUGGAUGCUCCCAGCCUCCAUCAGAUUUCAACAACCUUUAGGAAUACUAACACACAUGUGCAGCACAGGUAACAGUUGAUCAGCAUCGCCGGACGUGACACGGUUAUAGAUCUCUGAUGGUAUAGAAAUUGACAGAACACCGAGAACAAGUGAGCAUCAACGUGAUUGCUCCGGCAUCCAUGAAAAUCGCUUCACAUAUUCCCUGCAACCAUAAACACUAAGGUUGCGUGCACGCACUGAGGAAACAAGGUGCCAUCCAGUGGAUGCGGUCUAUUAUGGUCUGUGAGGAUAUUUAUGGGGAUUAAAUAUUAUUAAUGCUUUUUUAUUAAUUAAAAAUAUUUUUAUAAAACUUAUUAAAAUUAAUAAUCUUUAUUAAAAUAUCAGAAAUUGAUAUCUUAUCGGCGCUAUUCCCAAUUAUUAAUUUAAAAGCGAAGAGUUACUCACUGUUUUAACUCUUAGACCUGGAGCACGUUGUGUGAAUUUAAUAUUUCAAACAUUAGUAUCACAACUUUUUAUCAAAAUUAUAACACUUAUAUUUGUCUAUAGGUGUAAACAUACAUGCUAAUCAGUGAACAGUUUUUCAAUAACCGUGAACAAAAUAUGGCAUAGUAUCACAAUCACAGUAAGGCAAUUUCCAACUCUGUUAGAGUGAUGUGAUUGUUAGUCCAUGACAUUAUCAAUCAACAUGGUUAGCAUAUUGAAUAUUCUACUCAUAUACGAUUGAUACAAUCUGCAAAUAGUAUAUCACUACUUGUUAAAUCAUAAAGAACCACAUGAGUAAUCAGCAUAUGGAUUAUUAUAAUUUAAAGACAGAUAUUUCCAAAUCUUAAGGAAUACAAUCUUAGUUUUACUCUUAGUUAGAUUUUCAAUCACAUGUAGAUUGUUUGCCUAUCGUAAACACCAUUCAUUAAGCUUAGCUGGACAUAGUUCAUAAAUUACUCAGGUAAUCAGUUACCUUAGUUACGCAACCUGGCAGAUUCCUAAGGACAAACUUUAAUCAGCUUGCUACAGAAUUUUAACCAACUCAGUGCUGCCAAGUCAGUUUAAGCUUUUAACUCAUACAGAAUUUUACCUAACUCACUGAGCUGGGGUGAGACGACCGCUGUCAAGAGAUGUGUCCUUUUUCUUUUAUCCCUAUGUCAUGGGGUUAUAUGUCAAUCCUUAUCUGUUAACCUUCUGACCUGGUCCAAUGGAAAUCUUGGGGCAAGUCUUAUGUUAAUGGCUGUUGACAUCAUUUUGACAUAUAUUUCUAUAUGUUUCAAAAAGCAGGUGGAGCUGUUGGCUUACGUCAGGAAUAUUACCAGCUAUUAUCAUAUGUAAAAUUAACUCUUGCUCAGGACAACAAGUAGGAAUGUUUAAUUUCAAUACUCUUUAGUCAGUGUUUUUCUUUUCUCAAUUUGGAUUUUGGUUCCUCAAACCAAUUUGUCCUUGCUUACUUAAUCAUUAUUGCAUUGUAAUGUUUUAAUUGUCUUACUUACUCUAUAUAUAGGUAAUUACACAUUUAUAUACAUGUUUCUAUAUAUGAAUAUGUUGCUAACCAAGAAUAUAACACGUUAUAUUACUAUUUUGUAUAUAACUAAAUUUAAUUAUAUACCUUAUAGCAAUAUGUAUGUGUGUGGGCUGAGUUAAUAAAUACUUUUUUUUAAAAUUAACAAAUACUUGUUCUCACUCUUAUCUUUGCUCUUAUCUCUUAUUUACACAUGUGUAUUUGCAUUGUCUGGCAUCUUUAAGCCAGACUGACAAGGCAAAACAUUGAGGAAAACAUCUUGUUUUUCUUCAAUUUAGGCAUCUCAUGGUAAAUUAGCUAAGUUGCGUUUUUUUUACCAUUAUUCAAGUAUUCGUUUUAUCCCACAAUAUAUAUGAUUUUCCUUUCAUACACAAUAUCUCUUACAGGUCCCCAUGGUAACCAUAUUUGUACAAGACUAGGGAUGGCACAGCAUGUUAUAGAGGGACGUUUCUAAGUAAAAUGACUCAAACAGAACAGCUGUGCCUCAUUACUUAGUUGUUCUGUGCUUCUACUGUUGAACAUUUGACUUAUCUUUUUCCCUUUGCUCCUGGUUAUUGACUAGUCUACCCAUUGCCUGGGUUUUCAGACUUUUUUUGACCAACAAUAUUGUCUUGCUGUCUGCAAGGAGCUAAAAAGCCAAAAUCAUUCUAUCAUUACAAAAAGGGUAUUUGUUGGUCAAGAUUUAGGCAUUCCUCUACACCUAUUUUUGUUCUCUUUAGGAUAAUGUUGUGGAAUUGUGAGGAGUUAGUUAUGAAUCUAGGAGUCAUAGAAGAUUGGGUAGGAGUCAAGGGAAUGUGAAUGGUCAGUAGUAAUGCAUAGAGAGCAUUAGUUAUGAGAAUUAACAACCUAUAAUGGGAAUUGGGAGUGGGACUGGAGUAGAACUUAUGGUGGUGUGGUUAUUUGGACUUAUAAUGGUUAUUUGUAUUCAGAGUGUCUGGUUGCUGUAGGUAUUGGGAAUAAGAGUCAAGAAUGAAUGGUGUUUGCAGUGAAUAAAGUAAUUGUUUGGGAACAAUGGUAGUGAUAGUCAAAGCUUGUAUGGGCGUCAGUGUAGCAGAUGUCAGUGAGCUCUAGGUAGUUCAUUAAAUGCUGAAACGUUGUAUGCUUUUAAGGGGUGAUAUGCAAAAUACUGUUUUAUCACUUACCACUGGGCUGCUGGUUUUCUAACUUGUUAGAAUUGUCUGCUGAGAAUUUCAGUCUCCUCAUGGAACGGAGGUUCAGUGCUCAACCACUUAUGUGCAGUGCCCACUUUGUGGUUAUGCAGAUGGUUAGUGAAAGUCAAAGCUUGUAGAGGGUUUAAUAAAGCCAAUGUCAGUCAGAGUAUGUGGGAUGGUGUGAAUCUAAAUUAUGGAGCUCCUUGACAGCAGCCCAGCCACCAUGAUAGCAAAAAGUAGCAACAGUGUAAGAACACUCCGUGCACACAGCUGCUUUGCUUGGCUUGUUAUCUUUAUUGUUGGCUACGUACAGACCAUGUGAUCAUCUGAGUAAUUUUACUGCCUCUGAGAUUUGUAGCCAUUCUGGAAUGCUGGCCAGGGGGGCUGAAUGUUUAAGCUCAUGAUACCUGACAGAUUAGAUUUGGCAGAAACAUCUUAUUAAUAUAUACUAGAGGCCCAUAAUUGCAGCUUAUUCAUGUCUUUUCCAGGAUGUUGAUAUAAAUUUUAUUCCAUCUUCUUUUGCAGCCAAAUUGCCUAUUUUGGAGGAUAUAUCAAGCAACAACUUAAAUCCAAAGCUGGAUGAUGUUGAGUUCAUCUUGAUUGAGGCCUAUCAUGAAAAUCCACAGACACGCACACUGUUGUUUGUCAAGACUAGGGCUUUGGUGUCGGUAGGAAUUUUUUACAUUGUUAUUUAAUCUAUAUUUAACUAUUAAAUAUCUAUUAUAAUACUAAUAUAGGAUUACAACCAGAUGUGCUUAUUUAACUAGCAUUUUAUAUGCUGGCUAAUUUUAGCCUACAAAUAACAGAUCCUGAGGGGACUACAAGGCAGUUAUCCCUAUUGAGUAGCCACCUUCAUUUAUGUUAAGCGGUUCUCUUGGAUGCUGUACUGAUAUAGUUAGCAGUAGUAGUGCAAGUGUACUUGCACAGAAAGGAGACUUGUAAUUGCUACUCUUUCUCAUGAGGUGCAAUAUUGCUGUACAAGCUCAUAACCUUGCAUAAUAGUAAAAAGGCAGAAAAGUAAGUGAAGAAAAUCCCUCACUCACAAAAAACAUGUAGCCGCAACUCAUGAAAUUAAAUAAGCAUAGAUAUACUGGUAUUCAUCAUACUUAUAGCAGUUCAAAAGGUGCUUUAAAAGGGUUACCUUCUCUGUGCUGGAAUCCUCUCAGUAAUCAAAUGAUACUUCACACAAGACAAGUUUGUUGAUCCGCACUCAUAGGAAAUCCCCAAAAAUACAUCAGGAAGAAAUCAUAGAAAAAAAUGCACAGAAAAUACAUAUGGCAAGAUACAAAAAACAGCAGUCCUAAUAUAUGCUGUAUUCGUCCAAGCAUGUGAAAAUGAAAAAAAAAGGUUGUUCGUGCACAAAAUAUAAAAAGUACAAAACCUGAGCAUAGGACCACCCGCAGCUGCUGUACAAGGGGGAUACCACCAAAGGAGCCGACCCUAAAUAAAGAUUAGAGAAGUCUUGGACGCAUUUCGCACCACUCCGGGUGCUUUCUCAACAUGGUUGAGAAAGCACAAGGAGUGGUGAGAAAGGCAUCCAAACAAUGUUGAGAAAGCACCCGGAAUGGAGUGAAACACGUCCAGGGCUUCUCUAAUCUUUUCUAAUCUUACUGUAGAGUCAGCUUCUUUGGUUGUUUCUCAUUUUUUGGAAAGUAGCUAAAACAUUGAAGCCCCCCCCCAAAAAAAACUACAUAAUUUCUGACUGAUUAGAAAUAUUCCAGCCGUGUAACCUAUCGUAUUUGGGCAAUACUUGUAUUCUUUACCUCAGUGGUCAAAAGCCUAAUUAGAGUAUGAUAAAAAGUAGCAACCUUUGGAUUUGUCAUUGAGAUAUUGUAAAUUUAAACAUCCUAUUUGUUGUAAUCUACAGGCUUUGAAAAACUGGAUUGAAGAGACCCCAGAUCUCAGGUUCUUGAAACCAGAUAUUUUAAUUGGAAGGAAUAAAAGGCAUGAUAAUAUAGGUAUGCUUAAUUUACAGGUCAUCUUUGCAGGCUGCAGUUGUGUCCUGGAGCUAAAAUGUAAGACCAGUAAUAUUAUGUGUAAAGUUUAAAAAAACAUGCAACACUGUUACAGAUACUUGGAGAAGAACCAUUUUGCACAAUCGAGAACAGAAAUAAGAACAGAAUACAGCGAUAAGCCUCCUAAUCCUAGCCAAAAAAAAGGAAUAGGAAAGGGAUGGUCAAUCACAGUAUCAUACCAUCAGACAUAUGGAGGGAGGUCACCUAAGCUGUGCUCUGGAGGAGGGGGUAACCCUUGAAUAACUUUCAGGAAAAUAAUUGAACCUAAUACACUCCACUGACAGGUGUGCAGCAGGAAGAGCACAGUGGUAUGUAAGGAGAUAAAAAAAUAACCCUAGUACUUAUUAAAUUAAUAACACAUAUAAGGUAGCUAUAAGAUAAAGGGAACUGAUCAGAAGGUAAGGGAAAAAAAAUCUUCAGACAGUCUGAUAUAGAGAGUGUUCACCUAAUAUCAACUGCUCUGCUAGACCGAAGUCCAGUCCUAUAGGCACCUCUCCCCAAAUAUAAAUCCCUUGUAGUUGUUGAAUACGGAGGGGAUAUGGGGAAUGUCCACUAGAUAAAACCAUCCUGCUCACCCAGAGUGGUCAAAAGAGGACAAGAAAAUUGGACAAGCUGCCUUAACCCUAUUUACCUCAGCACCACACAAAGCUAGUGCCUACCUGAACCAAACCAUCCUAAGACUACCACAACAAACACAAAACAGACUAAGUGCACAUGGGGCUAUCCAAGUGAAAACAAAAAAUCAAAGAUGAAAAGAAACGCCCAAAGCGUGUUUCAGCGUGUACACACGCCAUCGUCAUUGUGCCCCUACUCAUUGUGCUUACUCCUUUACCCUAGCUUUUUUCCUGACUUAGCUUAUCUCUCCUUGACUUGUUCUCUCAACCUGUCUCUGUACUUUUGAUCCUUGCUUGUUAUUUGACCAUUCUGUAUCUCUCAUAUUUUAAGCCUGGUCAUCUCUAAGGACCGGUAAUACAUGCCUCUUCCAUUGCAGUCAUAGAUUUGCUUAUUGGGAUUGAACAUUCCUGACAUUAACACUCUGAGCCAUUCACUGAGUUCCAGACUAGUUCCAGACUAGAAGGAAGUGCUCAUUGUGUUCUUUAUCUAUCUGAGGUGCCAGCACUGCAUCUACCCACAUGAUCAAACAAUAUCCCAUAAUAUCCCUGCCAUACCACCAGAGUUUAUAUCUCCUCAUCCACCAAAAUCACCCCCCACAUAUACAAAACACACCACUCAGCUAGCUCACACAACACUCAUCCAACCCACAGAGACACACACAUCACUAAGCCAACCUACACAAAACUGAACUAACCCACACAACACUCAGCCUAGGGUCUUUCAAGGGGGUGUGUCUUCAUUGGGUGCAUGGGGAUGACCUUCAUCUAUUCCUGCAACAUGCUCCUGUGGUUUCUAGCUGUCCCUGCAUGGACAUUGUGCCCAUUCCAACCAGUGCAUUGGGGAUUUGGGGUUUAGGUUAAGAACCACUUAUACGUUAAUGAACUGGAAAGUCUUAAGCUCACUUAUUUUUGCAGCUGGGUUAUUUUGUCUUGUAAUUUGUAAUGCUCUGAUUAAAUCCCAUCAACCUUCUGUUUAGUGAAUAGCCUUGUAAUUUUGUGGGCUACAGAUGGUUUUGUUCUUAUGUUAUUCUCUGUAUGUUUUUAGAACUAUUACAGUAGAAAGGAGAUGGCAAAGCUUAAUAAGCAAUUCUUUAUGUCAUCUCUGGUUGUAUUUUGUGUAUCUAUUAAACAUGGUAAUUAAGAUAACAAUAAAACACAUAAUAGCUAAACGUUUUAUAUAAAUAUAUACCUUCUUUUUUCAACAUCUAAAAUACCAAGUUCAUGCUGUACAAUAAUAUCUAAACUUCUAAAAUGAUAUACCCUUUCCUUGUCUCUCUACUCUGUUUUAUGUUACAGGCAUGACCUUACCAAGUCAGAAAGGUGCACUGGAGUCGUUUAAAACCAAUAGUGAGAGCAAGCUGUUAAUUGCUACAUCAGUGGCUGACGAAGGCAUUGAUAUACCAGCUUGCAACCUUGUCAUUCUGUAUGAAUAUGUGGGCAAUGUCACCAAAAUGAUCCAAGUUAGAGGUACAGAAAGCCACUGCCAAUACUUGGCCACUAGGGUAUCUAGAAAGACACGUUUUACCCCCCGCAUUCUUUAGAUAAGAGAUCUCAAACUACCAACUACUAGGUCAUCAAACCACUAGCCUUCUUCAUUCCUGGCAGAUUGCCAUGUCUCCAGUAUACUUGCUGGCUAAUUUCUCCCACCUAAUGUAAUGCAGCUUAGCAGUAUCCUGGCCAAGUCCAAAACAAUGUUCUUCUAACAGAACUGAUUAUGCAUUGCAAAACGAAUGCAUAAUCAGCUUAUGCAUUAUGUGUUAAGUGGAUGGAACAUGAUAGAUUGUUAUAUCAUGUUUCUCCUGCAAUGGAGAGAAGAUGAAGCUAAAGAAGUUGAGAGGCAACUUGAGGCACAUGGUGUGUGUGUGUGUGUGUAUCCGUCACUGUUUGCUUAUAUUUAUGAGUUUGUACCUAUGGAUAUACUUUGUGUCUGUGUAUACAAAUAUGUAUCUGUGUGUGAGGUUUAAUGUACAGAGUAUUAUGCACAGUUUAUAAAAUACAGCAUACGAUUAAAACUGCAAAUAUGUAUCUGUGUGUGAGGUUUAAUGUACAGAGUAUUAUGCACAGUUUAUAAAAUAUAGCAUACGAUUAAAACUGCUGGUGAGAAGGCUAAUGCAGUGCUGCAGGUUUGGGUUAAUGAUGUAGGGUUAGUGCUGAAGUAUUAUGUAUAUAGGAGAGCGAGUGUGUGUCCACGCAUGUAUCUUGGAAUAUGGGUCUGUGUAUGGGUAUUCAAGAGUACGAUCUGCAGCUUCCAUGAGAGGAAACAACUUUGUCAAGUGCCUUCAAGUAAGCAGAGUUUCAGACCACCGCUUUAAAUCUAAUCAUUUCACUUAGGUUACUUAGCCCAGCCAUGCUCAUUUGUUUGACGUAUGUCUACCCUAACAUCAGCUACUAAAAUGCGUGUAGACCUAAUUUUUUUAACUUAUAUGAUGUAAACCAAUACUUCCAAUCAGGGAUGCAUUAUAUUUUUCUCUUGUUCUUAAAUGAUGCUCCAGUAGAACUUAGAAAGGGAGCCAUGAUGUACAGUCACCAUUUAGUGCAAAGAAUGUUUUUUGUUCAAUCCCAGAAUGUCUUUAAUGAUAAAUUAUGCACAGGUCGAGGAAGGGCAAAGGACAGCAAAUGCAUCCUAGUGACAGGUAAACGAGAGGAAGCUGAAAAGGAAAAAAUGAAUCUGCUGCACGAGAAAUUAAUGACUACAGCUGUGGAAAAUGUGCAAAAUCAAAAUAAGCAGGAUCUCCAGAAAAUGGUAAGCACUGACUAAACACAGGUGUUGUGUAAAGAAAGGUCCAUCCAUUUGUAUUUAAUGUAAGUUAAACUUGGGCAGCUUUUUGUCAUUACGUAAAACUCCAUAUUCCUGGCUAAUUAUGGCAUCACUUAUGGGUAGCUCCUCCCCAGCUGUCACAGGACAGGAAUUAAUUAAUUGAAUUAAUCAGACUGAUAGGUAUAAAGAGUCCCUCCUCCCUCCAUACCAUAGUCAUUUUUUCCUCUCAGACAAUCAGGAAUUUAUAUCCUACAAAUAUUUGCUUUUUUUGGCCACUUUGUUUGAAGAACUCAGUAAACAGCCUGUAUAUACAGGACAAACUGAGUUAGGUUCAGUAUAGGAACUGGACUGCAACAUUUGAAUAAGGAAUGACCUAAUUUACUAGUAAGAUGUUUGUAUAGGGGUUGGUGUUGCCUUAAAAAAAUCCUCUUUAUCGGUCAUUCUAACCCUAGAAUUGGGUUAUGUUCCCUUAAGAGCCAUUUGUAUUUUGUAGAAGUCAUUUAUUAAUGCGUCUGGUCAUAUUGGUUUUCUUGUUGAAUUAUGUCUAUAAAUGAUUUGAUCGAUUAAGGGUUAAAGUGGAGUUUCUUCUCAUCUUAUAUCUUGGGAGAAGGGUUUAUGGUUAGAUUGUAGUGGGAUUGUUCUUGGAGCAUUCCCUCCCCUAAUCAGAGUAUAUUCUAAUAUUUCCUGCCUUACUUUUUAGCUGUAAGCUUCCUGAUGCCCAGCUCCCUUCUGAGUUCGGCCUUCAGUGAAGGUUUUGACUUCCUGCGGGUCGCGCAGGGUAUGACGUAUUUGGAACGCAUGGUGUGCAGUCCAUCAUAGGGCGCAUGCGCGAGUCAACGCUUUUAAAGGGUAACCGUGCAAUUUCAAAUUUAACUAGUUUCGGUUCUGGAGAUUCUCUUUAUGCUGUGUAUUGUCCUGCUUGUUGCAAGUUGCUGACCUGGGCUUUCAGUUAUACGGUUAAGGUAUUUAAAUAUUUUUUAUUAAUUGGUAUGAAUUUAUAUUUUAUCUCAUGGUAUUUGGUGAUUGAUAGACAUUCUUAAAUUUUCCUUUUAGUAUAGCUUCUCCCUCUGCCUCUAGAAGAUCUGAUUCCAGAAAACAUAGGUGAGCCAAAUACAUUUUUAAGAGGGUUUAAAAGAGUGCCACUACGGGCUAGUAAUAUAUUUAUACAUGGCCUCUUAUUUUCAGCCCCAGCAAAACUAUUGAUUCACCUCCAAGAAAAUUUAAGAAGAAAUCCAACACAUGCUUAAACUGUAAUUAAAUUGCUCCAGAAGGGAAAAACCUUUGUAGAGCUUGUCUAACAGAAGUAGCGGAGGAUGUCAAAAAAAUAGUUCUCCUCAGGAAGAAUUGAAGCUUUGGAUUUCUCUGGCUAUAGCAGAGGGAUUCAGGUCUACCAAAGGUUUGGUAUCAUUAACUACUCUAUCAAGAUCAUUAAAAGUCAGGCUAGAAAAUUUAGAAUAAGAGAUUGAAAGCGGGGUCCAUAGAGAACAUCUGAUUGAAAGUCUGAAAGACUUUAAGAUAGCUACAGAGUUUUGCUCGGAGGCUUCAUUGGAUAUCACAAGAAUGAUAUCCAAAAGUAUGGCGUUAUCAGUAGUUUCGAGAAGGGCUCUAUGAAUACACUCUUGAGGAGCAGAUUAUGCUUCAAAAGCUUCUUUGUGGACUUCCUUUUCACCUGCUAUUUGGGAAAGUCCUAAAUGAGGCUAUACAGAAGGCAGCACAAGGGAAAUCUGCCUUUUUACCCAUAGUGAAAAGGAGACCCAUUUCUUCAUCAUGGCAGAAUAAAAUAUAAAGAGAUUGCUGCUUUUGAGAGAAUAGAAGCUAUAAAUCUGGAAGAGUUUUUUCCAGGAACGCUAGUUGGAGAAACUACUCUUAGACAUCUUUCAAUAAAAACUCAAGAGGUAAAGGAUUUAGAACAAAAAUGUCUGAAGGUCUGCAGGUCCAACCCGUGAAGAUUUGAGGAAGACAUCAAAUGUAGUAUCCUGUUUGGACCAAACACUGCACAGAUGAGUGGGUUCUAGCUAUGUUAAGAGACGGAUAUAGAAUAGAAUUCUCCCAUUAUCCACAAAUUUCAAAAUUCAAGAAAUCAAAAGUAUCAAAGGUUUAAAAAGAAGAGGCUAUGAGAGAUUGUAUUCUCAAACUACUGACACAAAGUGUACUAGAAGAAAUUCCAAAUGAGGAAAGCUUCAAAGGAAUUGACUCUACAGUAGCAGAGACUCAAGGGAAAUGGAGACUAAUUUUGGACCUAAAAAAAACUAAUUCUAUGCUCAUAAGAAGAACUUUCAAAAUGGAAUUGAUGGCUAAAAUCACAAAAAACAUAAGAGAAGAAAAAUGGAUGACAUUUAAUGGAUGACCAUGUAAAGUUUCUACAGUUCUGCAUUUUGAGGAAGCAUUAUCAGUUCAGGCGUCUUCCCUUUGGAGUGCAUUUGGUAAAAAAAAACAAAAAAAAAAAACAUUCUCCAAGACUUUAGUAACCUUGAUUGCCUUUAUAAGAAGAAAAGAUAAUAUCCUUAUUGUAGGUCCUUCUCGUCAGACAGUUCUUCAUACGCAAGUGGUAAUGAAUAUCUUACAGGGUCACGGAUGGCUGAUAAACACAGAUAAAAGCUUGUUGAAUCCCUCUCAGAGAAUAACCUUCUGUCACGGGUUGCAGGGUCUCUUAGUGUCCCUUGGUUGCCGCUUCUCUAAUCCUCUGCUUGUCCUGGAUUCAGCUACAGCAUACAAUGAUUCUAGCCCUCUGGAACCUUGUAAAAGUCCCCAAUAUAGUGGACAAGUCAUAUUGGGUAAAAGAUGAGAAUUUUUAUUUCAGAGAAAACACAUGCCUUUAUCCCCCUACACACAACAGGGGGUCUCCAUACCAUUACACACAAACUUUCACCAAUGGGAAUACAGAACAGGUCACAAAGAAAGAACUCCAAAGCAACAAAGCGACUCCCCACACUAGCCACCACCUCCCCCUGUGCCAACACACCAUGACAACAAAAGGUUAUCUUGGUUGGACCCCCUGUCCCUUCAAAGCAAUCUCUGGAUACAUCAGCACAGCCCUUUGCUGUAGAAGAUAGACUUGCUGGCUCCCACAGCAGGUGGUCACUCACAGUGCACCAUUUAACUUGAUUAACACACAGAAUACAUUUUACACCUAACUAUACUUUACAGUCUAUAGAACUGCUCCCACCCCCACCCCCACCGUUGACCCACAGCUGUGCAUACAGACACACACACAUACUGCUCUAUGUAAAAUACAGGCACACAACACAGCGAUAUCUAGACACAUGGAAAACAGUCACAAAAAUGGCGCCGCAAGGUGUGGUAAUAGACACUACAUUUGUACAAAUCAACCUGUCUCCAGAAAGAAUCCUCAAAAUCAACGGGAAGAUCAGGAAGGUACAGACCCAUUCAGAUGUGUUUUCUCCGACAAAUCGACAAGAAGAAGGAAAUUGGGAACAGGAGUUAACAGUUCCUCUCUCUCUAUAAAACAAGAACUGAAUUGGUGGAAGGAAUACAAAAAUCUGAGUUAAGGAUUCCCACUGGAAGAACCAAUGUGACAUAUAAUACUCACAGACCCAAGUUCUUAUGGCUGGGAAGCCUAUUACAAGUCCUUAUGGAAACAAGGGAAGUGGACUUACCGAAAAAGUUGCCUACACUUGAACCUGAGGGAACUGAGAGCUAUAUAAAAUGCCAUAAAAGUAUUCAUUCCAUUUCUCAGAAAUCCAUGGGUCAUGAUAAGAACAGACAACAGUGCAGUAGCCUCGUACAUAAAUCAUCAAGGUGGCACUCACAGCAGAGUCCUUCUAAUGGAACUGACUCCAUUGAUUAAAUUGUCUCAAUCAAGUUUGCAAGGUCUGAAAGCGGUUUACCUUCCAGGAAAGAAGAAUACACUAGCAGACUAUCUAAGCAGAUCAAAUAUUCACCUAGGAGAGUGGAAGCUUCAUCCAACAGUAUUCAAGAGCAUUACCCAGCAGUAGGGCAUGCCCCCAUAUCGAUCUCAUGGCAACAACAAAGAAUCGUCAGGUUCUGAAAUUAUUCUCUCUGCAUUCGACUCUACUAUCAGCAGGUCAAUAUGCUCUAUUGCAACUUUGAGAAUUUGAUCUGGGGUAUGCAUUCCCUUCUCUACCCAUGAUUUAUCGAUUCCGGAGGAAAGUUUGGUCAGAAGAAACGAGUCAUUGCCAUAAUUCCAAGGUCAUGGUUUCCAUUAUUGAUUAAACUGAGUCAAGGGAAUCAUUGGAGGCUUCCAUUGAGGAAGGAUUUGUUGAGCCAGGGCCCAGUUCUUCAUCCUUAUCUAGAAAAUCUCAAGUUAGGGGCAUGACUCUUGAAAGAGAGACUCCAACAUCUACGCCUUUCAGAAGCCGUAAUAGAUAGUCUUUUGAAAUCCAGCAAAAACUACAUCAGAUUGUUACCACAGACUUUGGGAUACUUUUCAGAAUUGGAUAUCUAUUAAGAAUAUUGAAUUUCUCAAUCCUUCUAACACUCAGGUUUUGGAAUUCUUACAGGAAGGAUUGGAUAAGGGCCUUAGCCUCGCUACACUGAAGGUUUAAUAAUCAGCAUUAUCAGCACUGUGUAAUGUUUCUUGGGCAUCAGACCCGCUGAUUUCAAGAUUUUUUUUUUUUUUUAAAGCAGCUUUAAGAAUUCGGCCUCCCACUAGAUCCUGCUCUCCUGCAUGGGAUCUCCCACUGGUAUUGAAUGCCUUAACUGAAAGUACUUUUGCUCCUCUGGAAGACUUGAGUACUACUCUUCUCACUUACAAGACGCUUUUUUUGAUAGCUAUAACUUCCGCUAUAAGAAUAUCCAAAUGUAAAGCCUUCUCGUCCAGUGAAUCCUAUAAACAAAUAUACCAGGACAGGGUGUGUUUAAGAACUAGGCCAGAAUUCUUCCUAAGGUAGUUUCAGAAUUUCAUCUAAACCAAGAAGCGGUCCUAUCUUCUUUCUAUCCUAAUCCUACAUCAGAAAAAGAAUGUUAUAUCUCCUUCCACCUCAUUUGGCAGAGGUGUUUUGUCUUCUGUGUCCUUAUCUCAUGAAAUAAAUCUCUCCAGCAUUUAUUGCAGAGCGUUCCCCCCCCCCCCCCCCCCUUUUUCUUUGUAUAUUAGCUUGGGUAUUACCCAUAAGUGAUGCUGCCAUGAUUAGCCAGGAAUAAGGAAAAUCUAUUUUUAACAUACCAUAACUUUCUUUUCUUGGCUAUUUUUCAUGGUAGCAUCAGGUUCCCACCCUUUUCUUUCAGCUUUAUAAUUUGACUGUGGUAUGGUGGGAGGAGGGACUCUUUAUACCUAUAAGUCUGAUUAAUUAAAUUAAUUCAUUCCUAUCCUGUGACGGCUGGGCAGGAGCUACUCAUAAGUGAUGCUGCCAUGAAAAAUAGCCAGGAAUAGAAAAUUAUGGUACGUUUAAAAUAGAUUUUACAAUACAUUUUCCUUAUUAAUAACUUUAUCACUUCAACGAUUCAUACAAAGCAAGUUUAAGUUACAUAUUAUUUGGCUUAUAGAGAACAAAUAUCGACCAGGUGACAACUCUAUGGGUUAAUUAUGUAUAUUUACACAAGUGAAAUGUUUACGUUAUACAGUCAUCCAUUGCACACAUAUGGGGGAGUAUAAAUAUUGUAGAGACUAUAAGACUUCUCUUAGUCAUGUCUGAAAUAUGCAUUUACAAUUGGAAAUACCAUAUGUCAUACAUUAGGAGUGAAAAUAGUUAUAACUCAAUGGUGCAAUACUGUGCUUAUUGAUACAUGUUAGGAGUUGAUGGUAUUAUGAAAUUAACAUAGAAACAUAGAAUGUGACAGCAGAUAAGAACCAUUCGGCCCAUCUAGUCUGCCCAAUUUUCUAAAUACUUUCAUUAGUCCCUAGCCCUAUCUUAUAGUUAGGAUAGCCUUAUGCCUAUACCACGCAUGCUUAAACUCCUUUACUGUGUUAACCUCUACCACUUCAGCUGGAAGGCUAUUCCAUGCAUCCACUACCCUCUCAGUAAAGUAAUACUUCCUGAUAUUAUUUUUAAACCUUUGUCCCUCUAAUUUAAGACUAUGUCCUCUUGUUGUGGUAGUUUUCUAAAAUAAAUGCACUCAUACAUUAAGUAUGGUUAAAUCAAGUGUUUGUACAGUAUGCAAAAAACACAAAACCUGUAUUGUGUUCAGUGAGGUCAUAUCCAUCAUCUCAGAAUGCAGUCAUUAAUUUUGACCUAUAGAAAUUGCCAAAUUGUGGGAGGGGCUACCAUGCUCUCUCCCCAUACAGAAGCAAAAUGACAAAAUGAAGCCAUCACAUAAACUGAUCAGCCACUAUAUUAAAAAACAGCUGACUAAUAUUGUGUAGGUCCACCUCAUGAUACCAAAACAAUUCUGAUGUGUUGAGGCUUAGACUUCAGACCUAUGAACAUGUCCUGUAAAGACAUCAGCAACAGAUUAUUUAAAUCCUGCAAGUUGCAAGGUGGGGCCUCCAUGGAUUGGCUUGGUCAUUUCAGGACCAAAUCAGGAAUUUGGAGGUCAAGGCAACACCUUGUACUCUUUGUCAUGAUCCUCAAGCCAUUCCUGAACAAUGUUUGCAGUGUGCAUUUUCCUGAAGAGGCUACUGCCAUCAGGAAACACCAUUGCCAUAAAUGGGUGUAUGUGGUCUGCAAGAAUCUCUAGGUAGUUGGUACGUGUCAAAGUAACAUUCACAUAUAGGCCAGGACCCAAGGUUUCCCAGCAGAACAUUGCUCAGAGCACAACACGGUCUCUGCUGGCCUGACUUCUUCCCAUAGUGCAUGCUGCUGCCAUCUCUUUGCCAGUUAAAUGACGCAUCCACCUGUUCUAAAAGAAAAUGUGUUUUAUCAGAUCAGGCAAUUUUCUUCCAUUUCUCCAUGGCCCAGUUAUGACACUCACGUCCCACUGAAGACAGGGUUCAUCAUGGGCACUCUGACCAGUCUGCGGCUGUGCAGCCCCAUAUGUAGCAAACUGCAGUUCACUGUGUUCUGACACAUUAUCAUGGUCAGCAUUAAGGUUUUUCAGCAAUUUGAGCUGCAGUAGCUCUUCUGUGUGAUACCUAGCCUUUGACUCCCACAUGCAUCAAUGAGCCUUUGGGCCCAUGACACUGAUGCCGGUUAACCUGUGGUCAUUCCUUGCACAAAUUUUGGUAGGUACUAAGAACUGCAUAUAAAUAACACCCCACAAGACUUUUGUGGAUGUUCUGACCCACUCGUCUAGCUAUCACUAUGUGGCCCUUCAAAUUUACUCAGAUCUUUUCGCUUGACCAUUUUUCUUGCUUCCAACACAUGAAAGGUGCCAUUGUAACAGUAUGGAAAAAAUAGCACUGAACUCUUAAGAGAAACCUCAUUAUAGAUUGUAGUGCAAAAAAAAAAUAAAAACUGAAAUAUCUUUAAAAAAAAUUUGUACUCAUAGGGCAAUACAGUAUAAACCGUGAUAAUACUAAAGUUUCAAGGUCUCACAGACAAAAAUUUUAAUAAUUCAGGCUCAUCAAUAUGAUGCUGGUUCCAAAUCAGUAGUGGGUAGGCUCAUGUAAAAGGAAACAAAAGCAAAACAUCACUAUGCACUGUGGUAAAAAUAACAGACACUUUAUUAGGUUACACUCACAAGAUAAAAGUUAAAAGAAUGCCGAUCAACGUAUAUGUCCUGUAGACAUCGGUCCUGGUCCAGAGUGGUAUGGUGAAAUGUAUACUCCAGUUCAAAGGUAAAUAAAAUAUAAAUUGUAAGCAGCCUAAUUUUGUGUUUUAUUAUAUUUUUCUAGAUUAUGCAAAUUCAGAAGAGUGAAAAAACCCAACGUGACUUAAAGAAGAUUAUUAAGGGACCAGAGCUGACAGAAGAAAACAAGAGGCUGCUGUGUUGGAAAUGCAAACGAUUUGCAUGCAAUACAGAUGACAUUCGAGUUAUAGAGGUAGGUAUCCAGAGAAAGCACAACCAUCUACUAUGGUUGCAAUCAUUAAAAUGUGCCACGUUAGGACUUAAAGUGACCAUCAACUGGUCAUCAGGUGGGGAACUUAAAAAUAAAAAAAAAUAAAAAAAAGUUAUGAUGGUCUAUAUAUAAAAUGUUUUUAUCAGUAAGAGCACUCAUGAGUGUAUUGAGACUUGGCAGUCAGAUUACUCUCCCACUGGGUAUAAUUUUGGACAUAAGGUGGGAAAGCCUUUAUAAGCCAGGGGUUUUUAACUAUUUGCUCACUGGCUGCUACUGUCACCAGUGAGUUAAUAAUUGAUCAUUUAAAAAAAAAAAAAUAAUAAUAAUCCUGGAAUCCAGACCAAAUUCAAGUUUGUUCGAAGCCUAAGUUGCAAAAUCAUUGUUGAAUAGCGUGACCAAUGUCUGGAUUUUCUGUCCAAAUGACCCCAUAUUCAGCUGGAUGGCUUAAUGAAUAAGCUUGUGAGUUUAAAUACAACUAGGUUUUAUUCACAAAUUGUUCACCAAAUUACACAAUGUAGGCCAAACCUACUGGAUUUUAGUGUAAAUUGUGCAACUUGGGUUUCAAUUUACUACAAUUUGCUGUUUAGUGAAUUAACCCCAGGUGGUUUAACAUAGUCCCUUACAAUUUAUUGUUUUAUCUUGCCUGCAGGAAGCUCAUCACACAGUUAUUGAUAGUACCUUCAAAGAACGCUAUAUUACAGAACCUCAUAAAAAGCCACGUGGUUUCUCUGGCUAUACAAAAAAGUUCAAGAUAUUCUGCAAUAAUACUCAAUGCAAAGAAGAUUGGGGAAUUUCUGGCAUCUACAAAAACUUUCAGGACAUCCCUCUGAUAAAAAUUGAUAAGUUUGUGGUGGAAAGCAAAAAUGGAAACCAAGACUAUGUCAACAAAUGGAAUAAAGUCAAUUUUAGAAUGAAGGAAUUCUCACCAGAAGAAAUAUCAGAGUCUUUCUCUGCUAGCACAUAA